GUGUCUGUCUAUCUGUGGUAUCUGGCCAGCUCUGCUGUCCUCUAGGCUCUGAUGGCAGAUAUUCCCUCUGGACUGCUGGAGGCUUGUGUGGUGGUUGGAGCAGCCAGCGAUAAACUCAGGGAACUCCAUCAGGUAGGUACUGCUGACUCAAUCAAUGGACUAACACAUGGUGGGGACAUACACUGUUGUUUUUGCAACACAUUGAUUAUUGUGGGCUUAGGCUACAACCACAUCAUAUCAAUCAUAUACUAAGAACACUGGUAUAGUGGUUAAGACCGUUGGGCCAGUAACCGAAAGGUCGCUGGUUUGAAUCCUGGAGCCGACUAGGUAAAAAAUCUGUUGGUGUCCUUGAGCAAGUCAUUUAACCCUAAUUCCUCCUGUAAGUCGCUCUGGAUAAGAGUGUCCGCUAAAUGACUCAAAUGUAAAUGUAAGAAACAUACUUAUACACAUCAUAUGUAGCCCUAUAUAUGAUAUAAGUUAUGUUAGAUAUUGAAAAUGUUUCCCCUUCCUGCCAGUCCCAUCAGCAGGGUAAAAUCAAAGAGCUCCCCCUGUUGGAGGCAGAGGUACUACAGGUUCACGCCCCACCCUUCGUGACCAAGGAGAGUGCGAGUAGCGAGACCCAGGGUCAGGGUCACGCCCCGGCCUUCCGCAGGGUCCAGGGGAGGCGCUCCUUCAUCAAGAAGAAGAAGGAGAGGGCUAGAACAGCUAACGGAGAGACAGCCAAGGGUUGCGAUGGAGGGGGCGGCACCACCACAGAGGACAUCAGUGUCCCCAAGGACCUGGACCUCAUCGCCCUGCCUCAACUCUGCUUCCCAGGUGACACAGCGUGAUGUCUAGAAGUCACCAUUUUGAUUUAAACUAGAACCAUGCUAGUGUAAUAGCUAGAAAGGAUGGAUGAAAACUAGCUGUCUAGCUAAGUCCCAUUACACCUUAUUAUUGAGAUGUUGAUUACUGUACGAUAUCCCUGUCUAGUAAAUUAUAUCCAUCAAAUUAGGACAAAACACGGCACAUUACAGUAUGAGCUGAUUAUCUACGUUCUGAUUAUCACACACGACUAUAUAUGAAGCAGUGAUGUGAUUCCUCUUGUCAUGCUUAUAUGAGAUCUUGUGUCGGUUUUCUUCCAUUGAUCAGGUGGUCUUCAGAUAGCCAGCGAGCAGAGAGAAGACUCAUACCAUUACCUGGUGUUUACUGAUGUCUUUGGGAACAGGACACAUGCAGUAGUGGUGCAGUACUACAGGCCUAUACAGGUGGGACGGCUCACCAGCUGAGCUUUAUUCAUGCCAACUGGAAUGCUUUGGAUUCUUGAAAAGUUGUUUAUACAAAGGGGCUUACUGUUACAUUACCUAUAUUAGCUAGGUUUAGAUCAUCAAAAGAUGGAUUGAUUAUAAACAUGGACAUCUGAGGCAUUUUAGGGACAUGUUUCCUGUUCACUGCUAAGUAGAAGUCUACAAAAAAUGCUGGUUGACGUUUAUUGGCAUGAAUCUUGUCCUGGAGGCAGAGCUGAUUGAUUUCCACUAGAUGGGUCAGCUGCAAAGUCAAAAUUGGCUAUAUACAGUGCAUUCGGAAAGUAUUCAGACCCCUUGACUCUUUCCACAUUUUGGUACGUUACAGCCUUAUUCUAAAAUUGAUUAAAUUGUUUUUUUCCUCAUCAAUCUACACACAAUACCCCAUAAUGACAGGUAUCUAUUUUUUGGGCAAAUAAAUAAAUAACCUGAAAUAUCACAUUUACAUAAGUAUUCAGUCCCUUUACUCAUUACUUUGUUAAAUCACCUUUGGCAGGGAAUACAGCCUCGAUUCUUCUUGGGUAUGACGCUACAAGCUUGGCACACCUGUAUUUGGGGAGUUUCUCCCAUUCUUCUCUGCAGAUCCUCUCAAGAUCUGUUAGGUUGGAUGGGGAGCGUCGCUACACAGCUAUUUUCAGGUCUCUCCAGAGUUGUUCGAUUGGGUUCAAGUCCGGGCUACUCAAGGACAUUCAGAGACUUGUCCCGAAGCCACUCCUGUGUUGUCUUGGCUGUGGGCUUAGGGUCAUUGUCCUGUUGGAAGGUGGAGCUUCGCCCCAGUCUGAGGUCCUGAGCACUCUGGAGCAUCAAGGAUCUCUCUGUACUUUGCUCCGUUCAUCUUUCCCUCGAUCCUGACUAGUCUCCCAGUCCCUGCCGCUGAAAAACAUCCCCACAGCGUGAUGCUGCCACCACCAUGCUUCACCGUAGGGAUGGUGCCAGGUUUCCUGCAGACGUGACGCUUUGCACUCAGGCCAAAGAGUUCAAUCUUGGUUUCAUCAGACCAGAGAAUCUUGUUUCUCAUGGUCAGAGUCCUUUUAGGUGCCUUUUGGCAAACUCCAAGCGGGCUGUCGUGGUCCUUUUACUGAGGAUUGGCUUCCAUCUGGCUACUCUACCAUAAAGGCCUGAUUUGUGGAGUGCUGCAGAGAUGAUUGUCCUUCUGGAAGGUUCUUCCAUCUCCACAGAAGAACUCUGGAGCUCUGUCAGAGUGACCAUUGGGUUCUUGGUCACCUCCCUGACCAUGGCCCUUCUCCCCCGAUUGCUCAGUUUGGCUGGGCGGCCAGCUCUAGGAAGAGUCUUGGUGGUUCCAAACUUCUUCCAUUUAAGAAUGAUGGAGGCCAUUGUUUUGGUACCGUUCCCCAGAUCUGUGCCUCAACACAAUCCUGUUUCGGAGCUCUACAGACAAUUAUUUCGACCUCAUAAUAAUAAAAUAAGCCUAAGACCUCAUGGCUUGGUUUUUGCUCUAACAUACACUGUCAACUGUGGGACCUUAUAUAGACAGGUGUGUGCCUUUCCAAAUCAGGUCCAAUCAAUGGAAUUUACCACAGGUGGACUCCAGUCAAGUUAUAUAAAUAUCUCAAGGAUGAUCAAUGGAAACAGGAUGCACCUGAGCUCAAUUUCAAGUCUCAUAGCAAAGUGUCUGAAUACUUAUGUAAAUAAGGUAUUUAUGUUCAAUACAGUUGCAAAAAUAUCUAAAAAAAACUGUUUAUUCUUUGUCAUUCUGGGGUAUUAUGUGUAGAUUGAUGAGAGAAUUUUUUUUAAAAUCAAUUUUAUUAGGCUGUAACAUAACAAAAUGUGAAAAGUCAAGGGGUCUGAAUACUUUCCAAAUGCACUGUAUCAUAAACAUUCAUGAAAACAAAAAUUAGGCUACGGUUAGGGCUCAGCAUAAGGUUAGCAGUGUGGUUAGGUUUAAAAUCUGAUUUUAUGACAUUGUGGCUGUGCCAACUAGUGACUACCCUGCAGAGCUGCCUCCAGUACACGAGUCAUCCCAAUAAAUGCCAACCUGCACAAAAAAUGUAGGUAUGUGUAUUACCUGCCUGUGUACUGUUUAGAACACAUGUCAAACUCAUUCCACGGAGGGCCGAGUGUCUGCGGGUUUUCACUCCUCCCUUGUACUUGAUUGAUGAAUUAAGGUCACUAAUUAGUAAGGAACUCCCCUCACCUGGUUAUCUAGGUCUUAAUUGAAAGGAAAAACCAAAAACCUGCAGACACUAGGACCUCUAUGGAAUGAGUUUGACACUCCUGGUUAGAAGGACAUAUGACAUAGUAGGCCUACAGUCAUUUCACCGUUCCAGAGAUCCUCAUCAGGUCAUUGGUCACUGUGGAAAACGUUGAUCUCCGAUUGGUUGUUUGCUUCCCAGUUCUUUCAGGAUGUUGGGCACCAAAAUGGCCAUCGGUCGUCCUCCAAAUCGUCUCGUCUCUACACGGCAUAUGGUAUCUGUGUCAUCUCUAAAUACCCUUACUACAACGCUCUCAGGGACUGCCUGUCAUGGUGAGAACAAUUCACUGUUGUCUUACUCCUCUAGGUCUUUGUGUUCAAGUAAAUCCUGGAAGAGAAUACCAAACAGUACCUGAUAUCAAAAUAAAUACAGCCAGAUGUGGGCCAUCAUCAUGAAGUGUCAAUGAUCAGUGAUCAGUUAACUCAUCUUUAGGCACCUAUUGACCUGAAUGUUAAUGUUUUUACUGUAUGGCGUCCCUCUGUCCUCUGUGUGCUCAGUCUCUUGACCCAGCUCAAGCCCAGCUGGAUGGGGGACUUUGAGGAGAGGGUGAAGGAGUUUUCAGCCAAGCUGGCGCUGGUGCCCAUUCCCCCACCUGGGCAACUUCAUGUGGUGAGCCAAUUGUCGCUCUCUCCAUCCCGCUCUAUGAUUUACGUGCAUUAUUAAACCGUGCUAUAUGCGAUACUAUAUGCCAUUUAGCAGACGCUUUUUUAAAGUGCCAUGCUCUACCAACUGAGCCAUACAGGACAAGAUCAUGUUUAUGGAUUAUAUUGUCAUGUAUUAUUUUGUAUUGUUAAGUUGGCAAUGUUACACCAGGAUAAUCUGUGUGUUGUUGAUGAUCCAUGUUGUUCCUCUGUCCUGUCCCAGGUCUUUAACCUCAGGCCUCUCCAGAUUGGGCUUCCCUCCCGGGAGGAUAAGGACCGGCCGGCUGUUGACCUGGACCUCCAUUUGCCUUUCCUGUGCUUUAGACCCCGACAGCUCCUCCAAGUGAGGACAGUAUGUUUCUGUCUACCUGUUUGGAUUGGUACAAGACGUGUAUGUCUCGAUAUAAAUGUAACCGUGUGUGUGUGUGUGUGUGUGUGUGUGUGCCUGCGUGCCGGUGUCUUUGUGUUGUUCAGAUCAUUACCAGCCUGUUGACAGAGCAGAGGGUAGUACUGUUCUCCUGUGACUGGGCCCGGCUCACCCUGCUGGCAGAGAGCCUGAUGCUCUUCAUCCACCCCCUGGUGUGGCAGCACCCCUUCGUGCCCGUCCUCUCACGCCAGAUGCUGGACUUCCUCAUGGCGCCCACCGCCUACCUCAUGGGCUGUCAUCUGCACCACUAUGAAGAGGUGGCUGCGGUAAGGAUGGAUUUUCACUUCAUGGCCAUGCUAGAAUAGCGUGAUCUGGUAUUGAUGGUGAUGGUUGUAGUGAUGGUAAUUGUGUUAGUGAUAGUGACCUCAACCUGGGGCGGCAGGUAGCCUAGUGGUUAGAUAAGUGGGCCUUGAGCAAGGCACUUAACAACCUAUAACUGCUCCAGGGGCACUGCACUGUGGCUGACUCAUUUUUCCAGCCCCUCUAGGUGUGUGUGUGUGUGUGUCUUUGGGGGUUGGGUUGUGCAUAAAGACACAUUUCCAUUCUCUGUAAGUUAAUGGACAAUAAAGUACAUCUUCUUUUACCUUCCCUUACCUCAUGGGCUGCCACCUGCACCACAACAAGGAGGUAGCCGCGGUAAGGAGCACUCACACAAUAGUCUGGCAAUUUUUCUUGCAUCAGUGAUUUAUUUAUUAUUUAAUACACAGAUAUAUCAUGCUUUAUUAAGAUUUAUUAUCAGUUUCCACUUGCGUGCACAGUACAGAGGAUAAUGUGGUUCAAUGUCCUAACUGACACUGAGUUAAGAGUCAAGUUCAUUUUAGCUUACCCACUUGACUUGGCCCUAAUCCGUUGUUCUCCUCCGUCACACUGUAUUCUCUAAGAGGGGCAGUGUUGUGUAUUUCUGUGUUUUCCCUACAUGACAGGAAACGGAUGAUCUGAUCCUGGUUAAUAUUGAUGAUGGGACCGUGUCGUCUUCCUGGUCUGAUGGGGUUGACCUGCCGGAUGUCCCGCUGGCAGCCCGAGAGUGUUUUAUAACACGGUAGGACAGGAGACAGGGGCGUGUUCAUUAGGGCUCGCCGUAGCAAAAUGUUUUGCAACAGAAAAUGGAAAUGAACAUUUCGUAUUGUACUGUUCAGGCUGUCCCUUCCCGUUUCAGUCUGUUUUCUUUCGUUUGGUGCCUAAUGAAUUUGACCUAGAGGACAAGACUCUUGGUUAGUCUGCUGUCUUAAGAUAUUACAAUGUGGAUUGUAAUGAAUAGGGGAAGGGAUUUUAUGCAGAUAAGCGUGCCACAUGUUUUCAGAAUAUUUCACCAUGUCGAGCAUUGGAAUAGAAAAUGUUUUGUUACCCCUCCCCUUUAAGUGUGUGUGUGUGUGUGUGCAGGGUGGAGGGUCUUCAGGUGCACUAUGACCUGGAAGUGUGUCACCUGGGGGCCAGUACAGAUGUGAACGAGCUGAGGGCCCAGAGGAAGCAGUGGCAGAGGAAACUCAACACACACAUCCAGAACAUCACUCUGGAACUCAUCGUCAACAUAUUCAGGUCAGCAUCAUUUAUAGAAUUGUAUUUUACCUUUUAUUUUACCGGGCAGGUCAGUUAAGAACAAAUUCUUAUUUACAAUGACUGCCUGGCAAGAGACAAAAGGCAUAUAAUAAUAAUAUAAUUUAGCAGAUGCUUUUAUCCAAAGCGACUUACAGUCAUGCGUGCAUAAUUUUUUUUCUUGUGUAUGGGUGGUCCCGGGGAUCGAACCCACUACCCUGGCGUUACAAGCGCCGUGCUCUACUAGCUGAGCUACAGAGGACCACAUCAAAUCUAUACUGUGUUGUUAUUCACUGUCGUUCACUAUGACUUAAAAUGUACUGUACAUAAUUAAAAUAAUAUUAUUACAUAGUUGUUACAAUAUUAUAACCUAAUUUACAUGCUUUAAUUAUGUAACUUUGAUAAUUGAGACUCAAAUUGAGCAUAUCUAGAUAUACAUAUCUAACGCUGUUAGUUAUCAUAUUAAAUCCUGCUUUAUUACAACCAAUACAAUUGCAAUUCCCUGUGCAAAAUCACAGCAAUUUCCUGUAAAAUAUCAGGACAGGAAAGCUAAUCUAGUGAUUAUUACCCCCCCAACCACCACUACAGAGAAGUUCACGAUCACCUCAACUAUGAGCACAGAGUCUUCAACAGUGAAGAGUUCCUUAGGUCUAGAGAGCCAGCAGACCAGCCAUUUUACAAGAAGGUAUGACACAAAUCCUGGUCUGUCUGUUCAGUGAGAUGUCAAUCUCUGUUUGACUUUGAACCUACAAAGUUUGGGGCAAUAUUUGCUGUCCAGCAUGUGAUCCAAUUGGAAGUGAAUGCAGUGUAUUUUGUCUUCUUUGCAGGUGUUGGACACACACAUCUUCCACUCAUUCCUACGGGAUCGUCUGAACAGGAAGAUGGACGCGUUCACAAGCAUGGAGCUGAGUACUCGGACAGAAGCUUACAGGUGAGAGGGAAGAUGAGAGUUUGGCAUAAAUAUUUACCUUUUAAACUAGUAAGAGUUUAUUUUGACCUUGCAAAUGGAAUUAGUUUCAAUAGGAUUUCAAUUUGGUUAAAUGUUUUGUUUUUGCCCUAGCACUAACACACUUGAUUCAACUCAUCAACUCCUCAUCAAUCCUUUGCUUAGAAUCAGGUGUGUUAGUGGUACGGCAAAAACAAAAAUGUGCACCCCUUUGGGUUCCCAGGACUAGGUUUGGUAAACAGUGCAGUACUGUAUCUUCAAAUUCACAUCCUGCUAUAAGCACAGCCUUUCCCCUGAUGUCUGUCCUCGCUCCGGGGUGACGUUUCCCCUAGGUGCAGAUCUAGGAUCAGCUUCCCCUCCCCCAAUCCUAACCUUAACCAUUAGUGGGGAAAUGCUAAACUGACGCAAGAUCAGCAUCUAGGGGCAACUUCACCCUCCACCUCUGGCCUCUUCCCCAGGCUGAGGUCCAUGACAGAGUCUCCACGGCGGCCCACCAUGCAGGAGCUGGCCCGUAAAUACACCAGCCCAGAGAGCCGGCUCAGCAAGAGGCUGGGGGCCAGCCUGCCCAACCUGGAGGAGGGUGUGGGGUCUCUGGUGGGGCCCCUAAGGCAGACCUCCUUCAAGAAGAUACAGGUGGACAGCGGUAGGUUCAGGUGGACAGCUGUAGGUUCAGGUGGACAGUUGUAGGUUCAGGUGGACAGCUGUAGGUUCAGGUGGACAGCGGGAGGUUGUAGGUUCAGGUGGACAGCGGUAGGUUUAGGUGGACAGCAGGAGGUUUAGGUGGACAGCGGUAGGUUCAGGUGGACAGCGGGAGGUUUAGGUGGACAGCGGUAGGUUCAGGUGGACAGCGGGAGGUUUAGGUGGACAGCGGGAGGUUUAGGUGGACAGCGGUAGGUUUAGGUGGACAGCGGUAGGUUUAGGUGGACAGCGGUAGGUUUAGGUGGACAGCGGUAGGUUUAGGUGGACAGCGGGAGGUUUAGGUGGACAGCGGGAGGUUUAGGUGGACAGCGGUAGGUUUAGGUGGACAGCGGUAGGUUCAGGUGGACAGCGGUAGGUUCAGGUGGACAGCGGUAGGUUUAGGUGGACAGCGGGAGGUUCAGGUGGACAGCGGUAGGUUCAGGUGGACAGCGGUAGGUUCAGGUGGACAGCGGUAGGUUUAGGUGGACAGCGGUAGGUUUAGGUGGACAGCGGUAGGUUCAGGUGGACAGCGGGAGGUUUAGGUGGACAGCGGUAGGUUCAGGUGGAUGGUGCUUGUUGAUGCCAAUAGUUAUAUUUCGUGAUUUCUGAACAAUUAGAUUGAGUGUUAAUUGGUUGAGGUAAAGAUCUGCAUACGCAGUGGUUCCACCCCAGGAUCUAAGUUAAGAAACCCUGUUGUAGUUGACCACUACCAAAAAUUGUCUAUUAUAUUGACAAGAUAGUCAAGUGACUGCUCUAACAAUGAAAAUGCAUGUCCUCAAAGAUGGAUGCUAGGCAGGAGGCGAGAUCAGGUGGGACCUUUCUAGCCAAUGAGAGGGCAGAUACACAUGUGAACAACAGGCCAUAGAGAUAAAUAGAGGACUCAUCUUUGUGUCUGUGUCAUUAUAGUGUCUGUGAUAGCAUGGGCAUUUUAAAGUAAUACAUUCUCUUCAUUGGCUGAUUUCUCCCAACUUCUAGGAAUCCCCACCCAGUUGACUACUUGGUGGAAUGGUGGAAGCCCUCAAUGGCAAUGACCAUGCUAAAACGGGUUAUAUCCAUGAUGAGUCCUCUAUCUACCUCUAUGACAACAGGCACACUUUUAUAUCAGUGUAUUCGUAACAACCUAACCAUUACGAAACUUCUAUUAGAUCAAAUAAGCCUCGCAUAGCAAAUUAGCAAUUACAUUUCUUGAUGACCAAAUUCGACAAUCAUUGAUCUCCAUAAAAAAAAUCUGAACUUCGUGGGCUUAUUUUGGUGGAGUAAAACUCCUGCUUCGCCUCGUCCUCUCUGCCACUACCAUUGACAGGCAAAGAAUAUAACUCGGGGGUGUCAAACUCAUUCUGCCCGGGGGCCGCACUCGUUCUUCAGAGGUCUGGAGGGCCACACUGAAAAUAUAUUAUAUUUCCUUGCUGUCAAAACUUGCUACAAAUAGUCUUCUAUCAGUCGUUUUUGGAAUUUUCAAUGCUCCCUGACUGUCUAGUGAUUAAUUGCGAGCUGGACAGUCAAGAAAUUGUAUUAAAAUAGGUCCAUUAUCAUUUCGAUUUGGUUUUAGUCAUUUUAAAGUAUAUUUAAAGUGGUUUACUCAAACCACCCUCGGGCCGGAUUUGACACCCCUGAUAUAACUUAUAAAUACCUCAUGAGCUUGGUUUAACUGUCGUACCCCAUCAGAACCCAAAAUAUAAGCUUGUUUUAUUCCAAUAUUUGUAAACAAAGUAAAUGUAAACAAGCACCGUAUAGCCUCAAACCAUGGUUAAAACUAUAAUUUGGAUAUCAUGAAUGGUCGGUCCUUGCAUUCAUAGCUCUGUCUCUGAAUUUGAGAGUGAUUAAAAAAUAUAUCCAGCCCCGUCCGUCAGCUUUUUACCGAAACAGUGGUCGGGAGAAGUUUUGUUAUUGUUUCUACUGCUGAUUGGCUCUUUUAAGGGUUCCUCUGUAAUGAAUGGAUUUCAUCUAAGAAACACUGAUCUUAGUUCUUGAAACCUUUUGUGAUGGAACCCCAUAGGUAUGAAGUCUCCCCAGAGGCCAGUGAGAUCCUUCAAGCUUCCUGAGUUCCCCCCUCCGCUGGCCUACCACUACGUCCAGAAUUACUACCAGGAGAUGAUCACCCUCCUGGGCAAGGCCAUCAGUGGGGCGGCCUCCGAGGACUCCUCUCUCCUGGCCCGCUACCACUACCUCCGGGGCUUCGUCAACACCGUGGCCGGUAAACGCCUGGAUGCUCUGGAAGACUUCCAGAACCUCUACAAGACAGACACUGACAUCUUCCCUGGCGAGCUGGUCAACGCGCUGGUGGACUCUCUACAGGAGGGCGAACGGGCACAGGUUGACCGCCGACCCGAGAUCAAACGCCUGAUUAGUCGAGUGAAGAGGGACCAUGAGAGGGAGCGGGCGCGCCAUGACGACGAAGGUGUCAAGCGGUUCCAGCUGCCGAAAAAGCACAUGCAGUUGGAAGACUUUGUGAGGCACGUGCAGGAGUCUGGGAUUGUCAAGGACCAGGGAACCAUUCACCGGCUGUUUGAGGCGCUCACUGUGGGUAAGGAAGUCACACAGACUCCAAGCUUAGAAAGAAGGAAAUGAGAGAGGGUAAAGGAGAGAGGGUUGUCUCUCUUGGUGGAUGGUUUCUUCUGUUGGUUUUACAGUAGCCCCUUGUUGUAUGGGACUUAUCAGGAACAUAAUCCAAUUGAUAAUACUUGGCCUAUACUCCGUAAUCACUCCAGUCCCUGUGAUUGAUGUGUUAAUACUUUACUACCUGUAGAGUGAAUGCUCAUGCUAAUUCAUCUGACUAUUGAAUCUGCUUAAUUUCUUAUCCUUUACCGAUCAGAAUGUUGUAAGAGCAGCUUGGGUUGGCAUGGUGGUGGUGGUGGUGGCUCUGCGGUGAAGGCUUCUUCCCAGUCUAUCUUUUACCUUGAUUCCAAUCUGGAGGGUAAGCAUAGCAUUAUGCCCUGCCUGCUUGCAGAGUGUGCUGUGCCCAACUCCAACCUUGCUGUGUGCGUGCGUGUGUGUGUGUGUGUGUGUGUGUAUUGCUUUGGCCUGUGUUCAUUCUGCUUAAUCAACUAUCCCCUCAAGUCUUAAAUCUGAGAAGUGUUUGCUUUUAACAUUAGUGUCGCUUCAAACACCACCUCACGUAGCAUUCAAGGCUGACGUCUGGUUAAUGGUUUCCUUCUCUUUUUUUCACUUGAUGUCUUUGUUUUGAAGGACAGAAUAGAAUUCGUCCUAUGUGUUCAAUUGACUGUGCUACAGGACAUUUCACCUUACAUAGGAGUCAUAAUGUGCACGUCUAGUAGGGCCGGGGACGAUACCAGUAUCGAAACAAAACACCAAGCUAAUUUAACUUCUUUAGGAAAACAACCCUAAUGUUGGAAACAAACAUCAUUGUGUUGUCAUCCAGAGUCACAUAAAUUUAUUGUCCAAGCUAUAGAACACUAUUUUACAUACAGCAGGUUUUUUAACAUUUACAUUUACAUUUACGUCAUUAAGCAGAGCGACUUACAAAUUGGUGCAUUCACCCUAUAGCCAGUGGGAUAACCACUUUACAAUAUGUUUUUUUUUUUUUUUUUUUUUUUUUUGGCGGGGGGGUAGAAGGAUUACUUUAUCCUAUCCCAGGUAUUCCUUAAAGAGGUGGGGUUUCAAAUGUCUCCGGAAGGUGGUGAGUGACUCCGCUGUCCUGGCGUCGUGAGGGAGCUUGUUCCACCAUUGGGGUGCCAGAGCAGCGAACAGUUUUGACUGGGCUGAGCGGGAACUAUGCUUCCGCAGAGGAAGGGGAGCCAGCAGGCCAGAGGUGGAUGAACGCAAUGCCCUCGUUUGGGUGUAGGGACUGAUCAGAGCCUGAAGGUACAGAGGUGCCGAUCCCCUCACAGCUCCAUAGGCAAGCACCAUGGUCUUGUAACAGAUGCGAGCUUCAACUGGAAGCCAGUGGAGUGUGCGGAGGAGCGGGGUGACGUGAGAGAACUUGGGAAGGUUGAACACCAGACGGGCUGCGGCAUUCUGGAUGAGUUGUAGGGGUUUAAUGGCACAGGCAGGGAGCCCAGCCAACAGCGAGUUGCAGUAAUCCAGACGGGAGAUGACAAGUGCCUGGAUUAGGACCUGUGCCGCUUCCUGUGUAAGGCAGGGUCGUACUCUCCGAAUGUUGUAGAGCAUGAACCUGCAGGAUCGGGUCACCGCCUUGAUGUUAGCGGAGAACGACAGGGUGUUGUCCAGGGUCACGCCAAGGCUCUUCGCACUCUGGGAGGAGGACACAACGGAGUUGUCAACCGUGAUGGCGAGAUCAUGGAACGGGCAGUCCUUCCCCGGGAGGAAGAGCAGCUCCGUCUUGCCAGGGUUCAGCUUGAGGUGGUGAUCCGUCAUCCAUACUGAUAUGUCUGCCAGACAUGCAGAGAUGCGAUUCGCCACCUGGUUAUCAGAAGGGGGAAAGGAGAAGAUUAGUUGUGUAUCGUCAGCGUAGCAAUGAUAGGAGAGGCCAUGUGAGGAUAUGACAGAGCCAAGUGACUUGGUGUAUAGGGAGAAUAGGAGAGGGCCUAGAACUGAGCCCUGGGGGACACCAGUGGUGAGAGCACGUGGUGCGGAGACAGCUUCUCGCCACGCCACUUGGUAGGAGCGACCGGUCAGGUAGGACGCAAUCCAGGAGUGAGCCGCGCCGGAGAUGCCCAGCUCGGAGAGGGUGGAGAGGAGGAUCUGAUGGUUCACAGUAUCAAAGGCAGCAGACGGGUCUAGAAGGACAAGCGCAGAGGAGAGAGAGUUAGCUUUAGCAGUGCGGAGAGCCUCCGUGACACAGAGAAGAGCAGUCUCAGUUGAAUGACCAGUCCUGAAACCUGACUGGUUUGGAUCAAGAAGGUCAUUCUGAGAGAGAUAGCAAGAGAGUUGCCUAAAGACGGCACGCUCAAUAGUUUUGGAAAGAAAAGAAAGAAGGGAUACUGGUCUGUAGUUGUUGACAUCAGUGGGAUCGAGUGUUGGUUUUUUGAGAAGGGGUGCAACUCCCGCUCUCUUGAAGACGGAAGGGACAUAGCCAGCGGUCAAGGAUGAGUUGAUCAGCGAGGUGAGGUAGGGGAGAAGGUCACCGGAGAUGGUCUGGAGAAGAGAGGAGGGGAUGGGGUCAAGCGGGCAGGUUGUUGGGCGGCCUGCAGUCACAAGUCGCAGGAUUUUAUCUGGAGAGAGAGGGGAGAAAGAAGUCAAAGCAUAGGGUAGGGCAGUGUGAGCAGGACCAGCAGUGUCAUUAGACUUAACAAACGAGGAUCGGAUGUCGUCAACCUUCUUUUCAAAGUGGUUGACGAAGUCAUCCACAGAGAGAGAGGAGGGAGGGGGGAGGGGGGGAGGAUUCAGCAGGGAGGAGAAUGUGGCAAAUAGCUUCCUAGGGUUAGAGGCAGAUGCUUGGAAUUUAGAGUGGUAGAAAGUGGCCUUAGCAGCAGAAACAGAUGAAGAAAAUGUAGAGAGGAGGGAGUGAAAAGAUGCCAGGUCGGCAGGGAGUUUAGUUUUCUUCCAUUUCCGCUCCGCUGCCCGGAGUUCUGUUCUGUGAGCUCACAAUGAGUCAUCAAGCCACGGAGCUGGAGGGGAGGACCGAGCCGGCCGGGAGGAUAGGGGACACAGAGAGUCAAAGGAUGCAGAAAGGGAGGAGAGGAGGGUUGAGGAGGCAGAAUCAGGAGAUUGGAGGGAGAAGGAUUGAGCAGAGGGAAGAGAUGAUAGGAUGGAAGAGGAGAGAGUAGUGGGAGAGAGAGAGCGAAGGUUGCGGCGGCGCAUUACCAUCUGUGUAGGGGCAGAGUGAGUAGUGUUGGAGGAGAGCGAGAGAGAAAAGGAUACAAAGUAGUGGUCGGAGACAUGGAGGGGAGUUGCAGUGAGAUUAGUAGAAGAGCAGCAUCUAGUAAAGAUGAGGUCAAGCGUAUUGCCUGCCUUGUGAGUAGGGGGGGACGGUGAGAGGGUGAGGUAAAAAGAGGAGAGGAGUGGAAAGAAGGAGGCAGAGAGAAAUGAGUCAAAUGUAGACGUAGGGAGGUUGAAAUCCCCCAAAACUGUGAGGGGUGAGCCAUCCUCAGGAAAGGAACUUAUCAAGGCGUCAAGCUCAUUGAUGAACUCUCCAAGGGAACCUGGAGGGCGAUAGAUGACAAGGAUAUUAAGCUUAAAUGGGCUAGUGACUGUGACAGCAUGGAAUUCAAAUGAGGAGAUAGACAGAUGGGUUAGGGGAAAAAUUGAGAAUGUCCACUUGGGAGAGAUGAGGAUUCCUGUGCCACCACCCCUCUGACCAGAUGCUCUCGGGGUAUGCGAGAACACAUGGUCAGACGAGGAGAGAGCAGUAGGAGUAGCAGUGUUUUCAGUGGUAAUCCAUGUUUCCGUCAGCGCCAGGAAGUCGAGGGACUGGAGGUUAGCAUAGGCUGGGAUGAAGUCAGCCUUGUUGGCAGCAGAACGGCAGUUCCAGAGGCUGCCUGAGACCUGGAACUCCAGGUGUGGGGUGCGUGCAGGGACCAAAGAGUUUAGUCUGCUUUGUGUUUUCAAUUUCGGCAUGGAAAAAAUAUUGUGAUACUGGUAUCGUCCCGGCCUUAACGUCCAGUGAGCUUUGUGUGAAUCUCUUGCUCCAGUGAACCCACACACUAUGGACUUUCUCCACCAACCAACCAAAAAAAGGCUGUGUAAUGUGGUUCCUAAUAAUAUAACUCCUUCCCCAACCCUGCUAGCUUAUCACCUUUCCAUCCUAGCUCAUUGAUUACAUUGUUUUGAAUCAUUGUGAAGUACAGUGACUGUAAACUGCUCCAAAGGUUGCACAAUUCCUUAAACUUUCCCAAAAUACCCAGAUUUUCCCAGAAAUUGAUGAUUUCUGGAAUCAGGAAUAAACAAUCUGCAAGGGAAUCCUCCAACAUGGAAUUAUUCUAACUAGAUUUCAAAACGGGGAAAAAACAGGGAAUUUGGGUGAAGUUUUAGGAAUUUUUGCAGCCCUAACUGUAGACUUCCUUCUGUAGGCCAGCAGAAACAGGUGGACCCGGAGAUCUUCCGAGUGUUCUACACCUUCUGGAAGGAGACGGAGGCCGAGGCUCAGGAAGUGGCCCUGCCGGCCUCGGCCCUGGAGCACCUGGAGGCUAACGAGUGUGUGUUCAAGCUGUCCUCUUCGGUCAAGACCAGCCACGGCGUGGGCAAGAUCGCCAUGACACAGAGACGGCUGUUCUUGCUGACCGAAGGACGACCCGGGUACAUGGAGGUCACCAAGUUCAGAGACAUUGAGGCGAGUUAGGACCUAAUGGAUCUACGUUCCUACUACACUUUAUGUGAUAUACUGAAUAUCAUUCAUGAUACUAGACACUUAUAUAGAUAUUACUACAGUAUAUGAAUACAUUAAGCCAGGGAUGGGCAACUGGUGACCUUUUGAAGGCCCUCGGAUCAAUAAUGACAAAAUAAGUAUAUAUUAAAAAUAAAUAAAAAUAAAUGUAUUAACUCUGUCGGGGUCUCAACUUACUGUUGCAAGUUAGAAUAGUAGAAUACACAAGGUGCAAUUUAGAAAUUUGGUUGUGCGUCAACAGUUUUUCUCUUAUGUCAAUCACUGAUAGUCAUUCAAUUAGCCCAUGUCAGCUAACAUUUUUAGAUUGGAAGCGGCCAGCUAUCUAAACUUAACAUGGUUGAAUUACCGGCCGAGGUGCCCCAUUUGAUUUUGUUAGUCAGUCUCACUCAGAUAUCAUAUUAAAACUGCAAACAUUUCUCUCCGCCCCAUGUCAAUAUGAGUAGAAUUGCAUGAUUUGUUUAAUAAAAUUGCACAAUCUUCUCUCGGCCCCAUGGCAAAAUGUGAAGAAUUGCAGCAAACUUGCUUUGAUGUAUGCACAUGUGGGUACGCAGUUCAGAUUUUUUGUGGCCCCCACCCCGAUCAAAGUUGCCCAUCCCUCCAUUAAGCUAUACAAUAAUAAAAUAAAUAAUGUUUUAUGUGCUUAUAGAUAUGUCAUCUAUGCUUUACUAUGCAGCUGGAUCUGUUCCCUAAAACACUGUAUUUCAUGUACUGUCAUAUCAUUGAGGAACAGGACAUUUUCCUGGCUCUAUCCAUGUUAUGAUUGCUUAUAGCAAGUGUUACAAUGCACUGUAAGUAUGUCAUAAGGCACUAUAAAUACAUUCAUAAGGCUUUAUACAUGUGUACCAUCAUACAAAGUGUUACCAAAUAUUAUAUUAGAAAAUGAAUUUCAAAGAUGGUGUUAGGUGAAUAACUGGUCCCAGAUCUGUGGUCUUUACAACCAUAGGAGUUGGCUAUACAGCACAAACAGAUGUGGGACCAGGCUAGUGAAUAACCGGUUGGCUGUUGUACCUCAGGAGGUGAAGAUCUCCUCUGCUCCCUUCCUACUGCUGAGGAUCCCAUCUCUGAAGAUCAAGACCACCCUGAGGAAGGAGACGUUCGAGGUCAACCUGAAGUCAGAGGUUGACCUCUGGCACCUCAUGGUCAAGGAGAUGUGGGCUGGAAGGAAGAUGGCCGACGACCACAAGGUAGGAUGUCAAAAUGGACUGGAAACUUUGUUAAUCUCUCUGUCUCUGGGCCAAUCAUAUCCAAUUCUUCCUGAAUUGUGCACUCGUUCACUACUUCCCACAUUUCUAGGAGUUGGGUUGGUGAAGGCAUGGGCCUUAUUUCACCGUAUGUCUUAUACUGUACCAGACAUUUCCUUUCAAAUCAGUAAAUGGAAGUGAACAAGGACACCCUUUUGGGUGGAAGGAGCGAUAAUUGGGACAUAUUUUCUCUCACUCUCGCUAUCUCGCUCUGCAUACGACUAUGUAUUUACGUAUGCCUAGUAUGUAGCUACACUAUGAAGGGAGUUUUUCUUCAGUAGCACAGAUGGCCAACGUUGGCACUAAAACCAUUCUUUCCUGAUCCCACCCUGGGCCUCUCUGGCAAAUUAGACUGUAGCUCAGUGGGUGUGGUUGACAUUCCAUGGAAGAGGUGGAGCUAUGGAGUUUCAUAUGGGCUCUAUUGUUCAGCCAGUCCAAAGUCUGCACUACUCUCCAGCCUUCAGUUUCUGCUAUUAAACUACAUGAAACAACAUGGACACUUCUGGCUCCCGGCCCAUAUCACUCACGUAUUGUCGUCUUCUCUGUUAUCACUGGAAAGACCGCAUAAUUAAGGCCUCAUCCCCUGCUGCCUCCACCUAGCCUAGCUCCGGAUCUGUUUGUGCUGUCGUGGCAUAACAAUAACAAUAACUAUACUAGGCAAGGAGUUGGUAAGACAGAACAAACAGAUCUGGCACCAGGCUAGCCUCCCCCAACACCAUGCCAUGGAGUUGCUGUAAGAGCCAGUCCAUCAGGUUUACAAACUACUGGCCCUAGAGAGAUUUGGCUUUUUUCUUCUUUUUCAUGUUGACGUCAGUAUGAUGUCAUGGGAAACAGACUCUUUUGUACAUCUGGAGUAUGCAGAGAAUGUGGGACGUUCAUCAUAAUUCAUAUACAUAUGAAUAUAAUCUCUAAUCUGCAUUGUUUCUCUUUUUCUUUCGCUCUCUCUUCCUCUCCUACUCUCUCGAUCUCUCUCAGGACCCCCAGUAUAUGCAGCAGGCUCUGACCAACGCCCUGUUGAUGGAUGCAGUGGUUGGCUGUCUGCAGUCACAAAAGGCUAUUUUUGCUGCAACCAAGCUGGCACACUUUGACAGAAUGAAACUGGAAGGUAUGGCAACUGAGAUUGCUUAUGGAACUCUGAUUAGGUUUAAACAGCUUGUAUCUCCCAAAGUUGAUAUUUUUGCAUGACAAACAGACACUGGAAAAACAUCAGAUCAUACCAAAAAAUUCAACAUAUUAGGUCAUUGAAAUGAAUAGCUUUACAGAAAGUGCAUGUUUAUAAGAGUCUUGUUUCUAAUGCAAUUCAAACGUUGACCUCUGACCUUUCUCUCCAUCCUGAGCAGUCCCGAUGAUGGUCCCUAAAACCACGUCAGAAACCUUGAAGCACAAGAUCAACCCAUCUCUGGACUUGACUAGCCCCCAGGCGGUAGAUGUUCUGCUCUACACCCCAGGUAAACUCUCAGGCACACUGUCAAUCUCAAAGGAAGGUAACAGUCAUGACGUGGAGCGUCAAACUAGAGCUGACAUCAGACACCAUUCAGUUCCUAUCCAACAAACUGGUAACACUACAUAUCUGUUGUAUGAUUUCCCAGUACUAUAAAUACCCUACUGAAUGCUCAGUAAAUCAAGUAGGUGCUGCUGGUAUUUCCCAUUCAACCCCACUUCAACCUCUCCUCCAGUCUAGGACAUCCCACGUACCCUCACAGACACUACUCCUCAGAUCAUAACUAUAAUGGUAGUAGACUUCAAAUCUGUCUUCUGCAGUCGAGGUAUUGCACGACAACAACACAUGAGAGUCAGGUUGUCUGUGUACUAGUAACAAAUGUCACAUUCCAGACCUGGGUUCAAAUACUAUUUAAUAAUCGUUCAAAUACUUUGUGUGUUUGUUUUUAAUCUGCCUUGAGUGCCAGGUCGGUGGGGUUUGCACUUUUGGGACUAUUCUAUUGCAACAGGCAAUCAAGCACUGCUAAAGUAUUUGAAAUGAUUUAAAAUGGUAUUUGAACCCAGGUCUGUCACACUCCCUACUGCUGCUAGGACCGUGACAGUGUGACGGUGACAGUGUCAGGUUACAGGAGGAGGCUUGGCAGAAAGGGCCAGAGGCGUUGUUUUAAUUUAUUUUACAGCCUCUUAAACAAAUAAUGAGGCGCAGAUUUUCACAACGCAUCACCACCAACCACUUCCUGUUCUGUUCCUUACUUUCAUCCUUAGUUUCAUGCAGUGUUUACUGAAAGUAGACUCAUAUAGUAGUCACCAUAUAAUCACUGUCAUUGUUCCUACUUCUCCAACCACAGAUGUCUAGAUUUUAUUACACAGACCUGUAUUACACAAUAUCUGACACAAUAAGAUGUUUGAUUCUGACUUCUAUAUUAAUUUCACAUCUGAAACAUAUGUUUCUAACAUCAAUCGUUUGAAAUAGUGUUUUUCUCAGACUCAAUAGUACGUCUCAAAACGUGUUUUGACUGGGCAGAUCAUAAUAAAUAUGCUUUAGUCUGCAAGGCUCCUCAGUCCCAGCACUUUAGCUAAAAUCAAGGUUCUCUGUGUAAAGGAGCCUGUGUCUUAACCUAGUGACAUCUGGGUUAAGACACAGUGUCCCUUUGUUUAACACAGUGUCCCUUCUCCCUACUCCUUCCCCAGGUCCUCUCACAGACAGUGAUGUGUUUGUCUGAGCCUUCCCCCUGAUCGGUCCAUCUGUAUCCAAUUAGAAAGUGGCAUGGUAGCGGCCAUGGUACGGGGCCUGGACAUGACCCUCUAGGCCAGAGGUUCUCAAACCUCUCCUCGGAGACCCCCAAGCCAUUCCAUGUCUUUGAACAAUUCCAGAGCUGGCACUCCUGAUUCAACUUGUCAACUAAUCAUCAAGCCCUCGAAUAGGUGAAUCAGGGGAGCUAGUUCUAGUUCAGGGCUACAACAAACUUGUGAAACGUCUGGGGGUCCCCAAGGAGCGGUUUGAGAACCACUAUUCUAGGCAUAAGUAAUAAUGCUGCUUCAGCACAGAGCACCAUUGAAGUCCCAGCUCUCAGGGACUAAAUAUAGGCCACUGAUUUACCCUUGGCCCGUGUCCAGAUUCCCUCCUCCCUUCCUCCUUUCUGUUCUGUUCAUCACUCCUCCCCAUGAAAGGGAGGAUGUGACACAUCAAGUUUUCUUUUCUUUUUCCUAUUAUGAUUUGAAAAAUAAAUGUUAAGAGGAAAUAGAACAGCUAGCCUAAAGGUGGACAGAUUUAGAUUGUAUUCCAUAAUAUGGAUUGAUGUCUGAAAAGUUCUGUAAACUGUAAAUGUUUACACUUCAUCAGUGUGUGUGUGUGAGAGAUAUUCAGCUUUGCUUGUAAGACACUAGAUGUAUUAGAAUAUACGUAUUUAUUAUAAAUAAAGAAUAUUAAAUGCAUUUCAGCUUCACAGCCUUCAUCAGGGUGAUUUAUUUUUUAUUUAUUUUUAUUUAACGGUAUAGUUACCAUCUCUACUAGUCAAACCAUGAGCUACUUACUGUAUUUGAAUCAGACCUACAGUAUAUUGACUUUUUCAGUAUGUGAGAGAGAUUCCCAUGCGGGCCAGUAUGAAAAAUUUAUGCACUCACUAAUUGGAAGUCGCUCUGGAUAAGAGCAUCUGCUAAAUGACUAAAAUGUAAAUUGGAUCACUAACAAUACAACUUUUCAUGACUGUAAGUCGCUUUGGAUAAAAGCGUCUGCUAAAUGGCAUAUUAUUAUAUUCUGCCAUGCUUGUAGGACAAUAGAAGUAGGAGCAUAGAAAAUGCGGAUUCAGGCGUUCCAGCAUUCAGCAAUAUUUUUGUUUACAUUCUCAGGCCAGCUGGGCGUGUCGUCUGACUCUGAAGGUGAUGGGAACCCCAAACUGUGGUGUGCCCUGAGCGACGGGAAGGUGGUGGUGUUUGAUGCAGCCAGCUGGUCCAUGCAAGAGAACCAAGUCCAAGUGGGAACUUCGCGAGUGGUAAGGCUGUGGAUGUGGAAUGGGGAUGGGACCGCUAUUUUAAAGGAGUAGGGAAAUUGAAGGGAGAAGGACAAUUAUAGAAUGAUCAAAAAGCAGUAGUAAUUCACUUACCACAGUUAGUCAUCGUCUGCUUGGUCCCAUUUGGACUAUAUUUAGUGUUAGUGUUAAUUACUAUAACUCAAGGGAUUCUGCUGACCCCUGGUGGUACAGGAUGUUAUGACUGAAAUGACCUGCUUGAACCUGCUACUAUGGUACGGUUUGAAAUUGUGUUUUAUGUCUGAAAUGUCUUGCUGCCAUGGUUUGAAAUAGGCAUGCCGCCUGGUUUGAAAUGGGCAGGCCAGCCUGUCUGGUUACAUGGUCCCGAGAUUCUAUGUUUUGUUGUUUUGUCCAGAACUGCAUGCUGGGAGUGGACCGGCAGCAGGUGUGGAUUGGCUCCCAGGAUUCCGUCAUUUACAUAAUCAGCACCCGCAGCAUGUCCUGUAACAAGCAGUUGACAGACCACCGCAGUGAGGUCACAGGGCUGUCCCUAGGGGAACGCUGCGAGAAAUACAGGUGAGGGGUGACGAUGACAUGCAUCAAACAGGUAAUGUUGAUUAAUGAGCACUGUCCUUGUAAGAUGAAAUGUAAUAUAGGGAAGUUAAGUUAAACAUACAGCUACUACUGGCAUCAUAUCCAAAGAGAGACGUCUUUUUAGGACCGCAUGAUAAAGUAAAAUUGUUUUAAAUAUGACAUUCUUUAUUUAUGCCUGGGUCGUGUUCAUUAGGCACCAAAAGGAGGAAAAUGGACUGAAGCAGGGAGCGACAAUCUGAACGUGUCCAAUAACAAACGCUCUUUCAGUUUUUAAAAACAUUUCGCUACUGUGUGCCACACUGAACACGACCCUGCUGAUUCUUCUCUGUGGUAUCAAUAACGUUAGUCUUUCCAUGUAUUCUCUGUUGCAGCCCCAAGGUUGCAUACUCCUGCAGUGCGGAGGGUACAGUGAUAGUAUGGGACGUGUCCACACUACAGGUGAGGAAACAGUUCCGUCUCGCCUGCGACCGUCUCCAGUCUGUUCAGCUCUGCAAUGGAACCCUAUGGUGCUGUAAGUACACGUACAAACAUAAAAAUAGGGUACUUAAAAGGACUUCUGGCUGUACUAUACUACUUUCUUAUUGAUUGUUAUAAUUGUGAUUUGUGAUUGUUUUUCCUCCUACGCCAUUCAGGUGCCAGAGACUGCAUUAUGGAGGUGUGGAAAAACGGAACGUUGCAUCGCAAGAUCUCCCUUCCUGAGCAGCUCCGUGGCUCCCCCACUGCCUUCAGCAGCCUCCUGCUCUACCAUGAGGUGGGUAGUAAUGGUUUGUGUCUGUGUGCAUAUAGAGAUCUCUCUCCCUCUCUCUCUCAAUUUAAGGGCUUUAUUGGCAUGGGAAACGUAUGUUAACAUUUCCAAAGCAAGUGAAGUAAGAUAGUAAACAAAAGUGAAAUAAACAAUACAUAUUAACAGUAAACAUUACACUCUGAAGUUCCAAAAGAAUAAAGACAUUUGAAAUGUCAUAUUAUGUGUAUAUAUACAGUGUUGUAACAAUGUGCAAAUAGUUAAAGUACAAAUGGGAAAAUAAAUAAACAUAAAUAUGGGUUGUAUUUACAAUGGUGUUUGUUCUUCACUGGUUGCCCUUUUCUUGUGGCAACAGGUCACAAAUCUUGCAGCUGUGAUGGCACACUGUGGUUUUUCACCCAGUAGAUAAGGGAGUUUAUCAAAAUUGGGUUUGUUUUCGAAUUCUUUGUGGAUCGCUGUAAUCUGAGGGAAAUAUGUGUUUCUAAUAUGAUCAUACAUUUGGCAGGAGGUUAGGAAGUGCAGCUCAGUUUCCACCUCAUUUUGUGGGCAGUGUGCACAUAGCCUGUCUUCUCUUGAGAGCCAGGUCUGCCUACGGCGGCCUUUCUCAAUAGCAAGGCUAUGCUCACUGAGUCUGUUCAUAGUCAAAGCUUUCCUUAAGUUUGGGUCAGUCAUAGUGGUCAGGUAUUCUGCCACUGUGUACUCUUUGUUUAGGGCCAAAUAGCAUUCCAGUUUGCGCUGUUUUUUUGUUUGUUCUUUCCAAUGUGUCAAGUAAUUCUCUUUUUGUUUUCUCAUGAUUUGGUUGGGUCUAAUGUUGUUGUUGUUGUCCUGGGGCUCUGUGGGGUCUGUUUGUGUUUGUGAACAGAGCCCCAGGACCAGCUUACUUAGGGGACUCUUCUCCAAGUUAAUCUCUCUGUAGGUGAUGGCUUUGUUACGGAAGGUUUGGGAAUCGCUUCCUCUCUCUCUCUCUCUCUCUCUCACUCACUCACUCACUCACUCACUCACUCACUCACUCACUCACACUCACACACAAUGUUAAGAACACCUGCUCUUUCCAUGACAUAGAAUGACCAGGUGAAUCCAGCUGAAAGCUAUGAUCCCUUAUUGAUGUCACUUGUUAAAUCCACUUCAGUCAGUGUAGAUGAAGGGGAGGAGACGGGUUAAAGAAGGAUGGAUUUUUAAGACAAUUGAGACAUGGAUUGUGUAAGUGUGCCAUUCAGGGGGUGAAUGGGCAAGACAAAACAUUUAAGUACCUAUGAACGAGGUAUGGUAGUAGUAGGUGCCAGGCGCAGCGGUUUGUGUCAAGAACUGCAACGCUGCUGGGUUUUUCAUGCUCAACAGUUUCCCAUGUGUAUCAAGAAAGGUCCACCACCCAAAGGACAUCCAGCCAACUUGACACAACUGUAGGAAGCAUUGGAGCCAACAUGAGCCAGUAUCCCUGUGGAAUGCUUUCGACACCUUGUAGAGUCCAUGCCCCGACGAAUUGAGGCUGUUCUGAGGGCAAAAUAUUCGGAAGGUGUAUCUAAUAUUUGGUAUACUCAGUGUAUAGUCACAAAGGCAAUUCAGUCGAUAUAAAACAAUAACAUUUCCCCCCUUUUUGAACAACCCCACCCGUGUCUGUGUGUGUGCAAGUACAUAUACUGAACAAAAAUAUAAAUGCAACAUGUAAAGUGUUGGUCCAAUGUUUAAUGAGCUGAAAUAAAUGGCACGACAAUGGGCCUCAGGAUCUCUGCACAGAGAUACCGUGCCUUCAAGCUGCAUCGAUAAAUUGCAAUUGUGUUUGUUGCCCGUAGUUUAUGCCUGCACAUACCAUAACCCCACCAUGGGGCAAUCUGUUCACAACACUGACAUCAGCAAACUGCUCGCCCACAUGACGCCAUACAUGCUGUCUGCCAUCUGUCCGGUGCAUUUGAAACCGGGAUUCAUCCGUGAAGAGCAUACUUCUCCAGCAUGACAGUGGCCAUCGAAGGUGAGCAUUUGCCCACUGAAGUCGGUUACAAGACCGAACUGUAGUCAGGUCAAGACCCUGGUAAGGACGAUGAGCGCACAGAUGAGCUUCCCGGAGAUGGUUUCUGACAGUUUGUGCAGAAAUUCUUCGGUUGUGCAAACCCACAGUUUCAUCAGCUGUCCGGGUGGCUGGUCUCAGACGAUCUGCAGGUGAAGAAGCCGGAUGUGGAGGUCCUGGGCUGGUGUGGUUACACGUGGUCUGCGGUUGUGAGGCCAGUUGGACGUACUUCCAAAUUCUCUAAAACGACAUUGGAGGCAGCUUAUGGUAGAGAAAUGAACAUUUAAUUAUCUGGCAACAGCUCUGGUGGACAUUCCUGCAGUCAGCAUUCCUAUUUCACGCUCCCUCAAAACUUGAGACAUCUGUGGCAUUGUGUUGUGUGACAAAACGGCACAUUUUAGAGUGGGCUUUUAUUGUCCCCAGCACAACGUGCACCUGUGUAAUGAUCAUGCUGUUUAAUCAGCUUCUUGACAUGCCAAACCUAUUCAUGCCAAACCUAACAAGGAUGUAACCAAAUUUGUGCACAGAAUUUGAGAGAAAUAAGAUCUUUGUCCAUAUGGUACAAUUCUGUGAUCUUUUAUUUCAGCUCAUAAAACAUGUUGUGUUUAUAUUCUUGUUCAGUAUAAAUACAUUUUUAUCCCACUUUGUAACACAUUUUUUAUUGAUUUUUUUAUUUUUUUAUUUUAACUAGGCAAGACAGUUAAGAACAAAUUCUUUUUUACAAAGACAGCCUACAAAAAGGCAAAAGGCCUCCUGCGGGGACGGGGGCUGGGAUUUAAAGAAAUACAGUGGGGGGAAAAAAGUAUUUAGUCAGCCACCAAUUGUGCAAGUUCUCCCACUUAAAAAGAUGAGAGAGGCCUGUAAUUUUCAUCAUAGGUACACGUCAACUAUGACAGACAAAUUGAGAUUUUUUUUCUCCAGAAAAUCACAUUGUAGGAUUUUUAAUGAAUUUAUUUGCAAAUUAUGGUGGAAAAUAAGUAUUUGGUCAAUAACAAAAGUUUCUCAAUACUUUGUUAUAUACCCUUUGUUGGCAAUGACAAAGGUCAAACGUUUUCUGUAAGUCUUCACAAGGUUUUCACACACUGUUGCUGGUAUUUUGGCCCAUUCCUCCAUGCAGAUCUCCUCUAGAGCAGUGAUGUUUUGGGGCUGUCGCUGGGCAACACAGACUUUCAACUCCCUCCAAAGAUUUUCUAUGGGGUUGAGAUCUGGAGACUGGCUAGGCCACUCCAGGACCUUGAAAUGCUUCUUACGAAGCCACUCCUUCGUUGCCCGGGCGGUGUGUUUGGGAUCAUUGUCAUGCUGAAAGACCCAGCCACGUUUCAUCUUCAAUGCCCUUGCUGAUGGAAGGAGGUUUUCACUCAAAAUCUCACGAUACAUGGCCCCAUUCAUUCUUUCCUUUACACGAAUCAGUCGUCCUGGUUCCUUUGCAGAAAAACAGCCCCAAAGCAUGAUGUUUCCACCCCCAUGCUUCACAGUAGGUAUGGUGUUCUUUGGAUGCAACUCAGCAUUCUUUGUCCUCCAAACACGACGAGUUGAGUUUUUACCAAAAAGUUCUAUUUUGGUUUCAUCUGACCAUAUGACAUUCUCCCAAUCCUCUUCUGGAUCAUCCAAAUGCACUCUAGCAAACUUCAGACGGGCCUGGACAUGUACUGGCUUAAGCAGGGGGACACGUCUCGCACUGCAGGAUUUGAGUCCCUGGCGGCGUAGUGUGUUACCGAUGGUAGGCUUUGUUACUUUGGUCCCAGCUCUCUGCAGGUCAUUCACUAGGUCCCCCCGUGUGGUUCUGGGAUUUUUGCUCACCGUUCUUGUGAUCAUUUUGACCCCACGGGGUGAGAUCUUGCGUGGAGCCCCAGAUCGAGGGAGAUUAUCAGUGGUCUUGUAUGUCUUCCAUUUCCUAAUAAUUGCUCCCACAGUUGAUUUCUUCAAACCAAGCUGCUUACCUAUUGCAGAUUCAGUCUUCCCAGCCUGGUGCAGGUCUACAAUUUUGUUUCUGGUGUCCUUUGACAGUUCUUUGGUCUUGGCCAUAGUGGAGUUUGGAGUGUGACUGUUUGAGGUUGUGGACAGGUGUCUUUUAUACUGAUAACAAGUUCAAACAGGUGCCAUUAAUACAGGUAACGAGUGGAGGACAGAGGAGCCUCUUAAAGAAGAAGUUACAGGUCUGUGAGAGCCAGAAAUCUUGCUUGUUUGUAGGUGACCAAAUACUUAUUUUCCACCAUAAUUUGCAAAUAAAUUCAUUAAAAAUCCUACAAUGAGAUCUUCUGGAUUUUUUUUCCUCAAUUUGUCAGUCAUAGUUGACGUGUACGUAUGAUGAAAAUUACAGGCCUCUCUCAUCUUUUUAAGUGGGAGAACUUGCACAAUUGGUGGCUGACUAAAUACUUUUUUCCCCCACUGUACAUGUAUCUAAAUACUACAUAAAGAGAGACCUAAGACAACAACACAGCAAGGUAGCAACCCAACAUGAAAACAACAUGGCAGCAGCACAACAUGGUAGCAGCACAAGAUAUGGCACAAAUAUUAUUGGGCACAGACAACAGCACAAAGGGCAAGAAGGUAAAGACAACAAUACAUCACGUGAAGCAGCCACAACUGUCAGUAAGAGUGUCCAUGAUUGAGUCUUUGAAUGAAGAGAUAGAGAUAACGGUCCAGUUUGAGUGUUUUUUGCAGCUUGUUCCAGUCGCUAGCUGCAGCGAACUGGAAAGAGGAGCGACCCAGGGAUGUGUGUGCUUUGGGGACCUUUAACAGAAUGUGACUGGCAGAACGGGUGUUGUAUGUAGAGGAUGAGGGCUGCAGUAGGUAUCUCAGAUAGGGGGAAGUGAGGCCUAAGAGGGUUUUGUGAAUAAGCAUUAACCAGUGGGUCUUGCGACGGGUAUACAGAGAUGACCAGUUUACAGAGGAGUAUAGAGUGCAGUGAUGUGUCCUAUAAGGAGCAUUGGUGGCAAAUCUGAUGGCCGAAUGGUAAAGAACAUCUAGCCGCUCGAGAGCACCCUUACCUGCCAAUCUAUAAAUUACGUCUCUGUAAUCUAUCAUGGGUAGGAUGGUAAUCUGAAUCAGGGUUAGUUUGGCAGCUGGGGUGAAACGGGAGCGAUUAUGUUAGAGGAAAUCAAGUCUAGAUUUAACCUUAGCAUGCAGCUUUGAUAUGUGCUGAGAGAAGGACAGUGUACCAUCUGGCCAUACUCCCAAGUACUUGUAUGAGGUGACUACCUCAAGCUCUAAACCCUCAGAGGUAGUAAUCACACCGGUGGGGAGAGGGGCAUUCUUCUUACCAAACCACAACCUUUGUUUUGGAGGUGUACAGAACAAGGUUAAGGGCAGAGAAAGCUUGUUGGACACUAAGAAAGCUUUGUUGUAGAGCGUUUAACACAAAGUCCGGGGACGGGGCCAGCUGAGUAUAAGACUAUCAUUUGCAUAUAAAUGGAUGAGCGAGCUUCCUGCUGCCUGAACUAUAUUAUUGAUGUAAAUUGAGAAGAGCGUGGGGCCUAGGAUCGAACCUUGGGGUACUCCCUUGGUGACAGGCAGUGGCUGAGAUAGCAGAUGUUCUGACUUUAUACACUGCACUCUUUGAGAGAGGUACUUAGCAAACCAGGCCAAAGACCCCUCAGAGACACCAAUACUCCCUUGCCGGCCGACAAGGAUGGAAUGGUCUACAGUAUCAAAAGCUUUGGCCAAGUCAAUAAAAAUAGCAGCACAACAUUGCUUAGAAUCAAGGGCAAUGGGGAUGUCAUUUAGGACCUUUAAGGUUGCAGUGAGACAUCCAUAACCUGAGUGGAAACAAGAUUGCAUACCAGAGAGAAUACUAUAGACACAAUAAAUGUGAAGAAAUCCAAGGGGCCUGAAUACUUUUGCAAGGCACUGUAUGUACAGUAUAUGUGAUACAAAAUAUACAGGGAUGGAAAUUAAUUGAGCUGAGGCUAGUACUUUUCAAAACCCUCCAGGCUAGUCAAAAAAAAAAAAUCAAAUCUCAAAUUGCAUUGAUUUUGGUCCCAAAUGUUACCCGGACUAGUAGAAAUCGUGGUCUACUAGCCCAGCUGGCCAGUGCCCAGAAUCCCUAAGUCCAUCUCUGCAUACUGUACAGUAGGGCCCGAAAUUAUUGACACCAUCGUGAAUAAUGAUGAGGAUCACAGAUCAUACCCCAAAGACAUGCUAACCUCUCACCAUUUCCAAUAACAGAGGAGGUUAGCAUGUGUUGGGGGUAUGAUCUUUGACCCUCUUUCUCACUCAUCAUUAUUCACGAUUCAUUCAGGAUUAUCCGUAAACAUGGUAGCGUCCACAUUAAUGUAGAAGUGUUUAGAAACAUCUACUAUUCUUAUUUACAAUAAAAGUGACUCUAAAAUGACACUAUGCAUUAUUUACCUUUUCAUUUCUAUUGGGCACACAAUAAUCAAACGAAACCAAAACGAACUGCAAAUGCAUCCAACAAGUUUGUAGAGUCACAAGCUUGAUCAAGUCAUUGCGUGCUAGGAAUAUGGGACCAAAUACUACACUUUUGACUACUUUAUUUAUUAGAAUCUUUAGGGGUGUCCAUUUUUACGCCUACCUUUUUGAGGAAAAAAAGUAUUACUUGUUAAACAGAAUAUCUUUCUCUGAGCAAUUGUAUAAUAUAAUUUCCCAAUUUUUUUUGCAUACAAUAUAGCUCAGUGUUUGAAUUAUUUGAUACACUCAUUAUUGCUCAUCUUUAUCAAGGGUGUCAAUAAUUUCGAACCACAUAGUAUGUCAUAGUUUCCAUAUAGCCUACUGGGAUCAGUGAGGUCUGUGCUACUUUGACAUGGUAUGGGGGUGAUGAGGGAGUGGUGUUGUGUGCUAUACAUGUUUCAGAGGGAGCAGCUGUGGACGGCCUGUAUAGACGUAGGGGAGCUGUGUGUGUGGCACCUCAGGGAGCCCACCAAGCCCUUCCAGAGGAUCCAGCUGCCUGACUGUGCAGGCGUCACCUGCCUUAUCAAGGUCAAAAACCAGGUGAGACUGUCUGUAGACUGCACUGUAGGUGGAAAAUGAGUGCGCUUCAAUUCUACUCUACUGUAGUUUCUAUAAGAUGGCAUUGCUUGAGUACUCUACUGGAUUAGUUACAUUACUUACUUCUGUAUUUAGGUAUUCUAUUAUGUGAAAGUUUAACCUAGUUAAAGUAUUAACAGGCUCGAAUCAGCGUUGGUUCCCCUUCCCACUUUUUAAAAUACAGAAUAGAUCAUUCAAAUCACAAUGCAUUCUGACAUGAGGUCAAUUGUCAAUUCAGCAUGUCUUAAAACCAGAGAUGAGAUGUCUCAUUUAGGGUGAUGAAACAAAAUAUUUGAACCGGUCCUGUCAGAUCUGGGUUGGAGGCCAAGGGUGGAGCUCGGGGAAGUCCAGGGGGAAGAUCUACGUAGUGGACACUCAGCGACACACAGUGGAGAAGGAGCUGGUAGCUCACACAGACUGUGUCCAGGCACUGUGCUCCGCAGAGGACCGCUAUGUGCUGAGUGGGGCUGCCCACGAGGACGGGAAGAUAGCCAUCUGGAAAGUGGAGUAACUGGAGUGGAAAUUCAAUACUGCCUCCUGGUAGCUGGGGGUCAGAACAGGAUCGUGUUCAUUAGGCACCAAACGGUAGAAAACGGACUGAAACAGGGACUCAUUUUGGUUUACCAUUGAAAAAUGUUUUGCUACGGUGUGCCCUAAUAACCCAGGUGAUUAUGAACAGUUGGGAAAUAGACUCUUGUUGUGAUUUGUGACUGCCUGUGGAUGGAUGACCAACCCAAAGUCCACCUGAUUGCAUAGGAUAUUUUAUUGCUGCUCUGUACACUUAAAACAACUGGAAUAAUCUUUCCAACCUAUAGUUUUAAACACGUGUACCUUAUUGUUUAUGUUAAAGGAAAACUCCACCCAAAAACUAUUUUGGUAUUUGUUUCAUUAGUCCAUUGUUGAUAUAAUCCCAAAAUGUUUUGCAUGUCAGAAAUAAAUUUUUCAAGAUGUAUAACUUUAAAAAUACUGAAAUACUGCCGGUAUAAUGCAUUUUGGGACUAUAUCAACAAUGGACUAAUUAAACAAAUACCAAAAGAUAGUUUUUGGGUGGAAUUUGCCUUUAAGCAGUGUACUGUUCAUUGUAUUAUUUACAUCGAAGGAGGAACCUUAGAUGUUAGCUUUUUAUAUUGGGAUGCUUCACAAGUUACUCACAUACAUUAAAUAUGAAAUACUUAUUUGUAUGUGCUUUUUCUUGUAAAUAUACCUUUUUGUAUGUUUUGUAUGUUUAAUACACUCAACCCAAACUAUGCAUUUUAGUAUAUUUUACUGGUAUUAUUAAAAUGUUUAUUAAAAUUAUUAAAAUGUUUAUGAAUGAAGACUUGUCCUCUCAAUUUAUUUGUCUCAGUCUUCAUGUAACAUGACACAAACUACUUCUAACAUUUAAAUGAAUAAGUGAAAUAUUUUCCAUAAAUAUUAGUGUUUCUUGUAUAUUCUUCAUAGUACAUCAUUUUGUAAUAUGCCUUUUGCCACCAGGGGACCGUAUAGCAUCCUCUAUUACAUUUUACUUCACAUCCCAGAACUGUCCUCUGUGAACUCAGUUUGUGAAGGCUACAUGUCAUGAGAUUGACAUUGUAUUGACUGAAACUAAAUACUUUAAUUUCUGUAUAUAGCGAUUCGGUGGAACAAGCUUCCCCCUAACACCAGGACAGCUGAGUCCCUGCCAAUCUUCUGAAAACGGCUGAAAACCUACAGUACCUUUUCAUAUAGUAUUUUGAUUCAUUCCACAGCACAACAAAAAUACAGUACAAUAUUCAACUAUACUACCAUUUUUUUUUUUAUCUUGAGGAUUAUAACAUUUUAACCCACUUGGCCCAUAUUCAAUAUUCAAUCAGAUGUAAUAAUUUGGCUGCCUUCAUGCAGUACAGUCUUUAUUCAGAUUUGUAUGAAAUCCCGUUAUGCUGUCUACAGGCAAGCCCGUAUCUACGUCAUCUGAGAAUCCUCUCAUUAAUCACACCAGCAGAUGUCAAAAUCAUUAAAGUCAUCAUCCAAAUGCCAGAGCAUUACAAUUUUUUGUCAACUGUUGUCAACUCUACAAAUCCUUCUCUCUGUGCUCAUACAAUGCAGCACAGAAACAAUCACAGACCACAUUCUAAAUCCAGCGGUAGAUUAGAGAUUGGGGAUUUUUUUUAAACAGUGGUUUCCCCAGAUUGGGAUGGACACAAUGGGUUUCAAAUUCCAUCGCUUUUGAUCAUAACUACAACUUUACUAUUAGUUGUAGUAAUUGAAUCCAGGGACGUCUAAGACCUUUUGAGGUUGAAUCUAUAAUACUAGGAUUACAUUACGCAGGGGCCCUGUUGAAUCAAGUAUCUAUACAUUAUAGUCAUUUAGCAGACGCUCAUCCAGAGCGAUUUACAGUCACAAUUAGGGUUGUGCCUUGCUCAAGGGCACAAUUCAACAGAUCUUUUUUUUUACCUAGUCAGCUCAGGGAUUUGAACCAGAAACCUUUUGGUUAUUGGCCCAAUGCAGGUAGCUACCCACAGAUUCAGUGACAGCAAUAAGAUUAGUCCAACACACAUCAUGACAUAAUUUAUACACAACCCAUGUACAGUAUAUAACAGGAAGACUCCUCCCCACACAGGUAGAUAUCAAUUCCCAGAAUAAGUCAUAUGUGUGUGGGCUGGUAAUGGCUGGAGCGGAAUUAGUGGUAAGGUAUCAACAACAUCAAACACAUGGUUUCCAUAUGUUUGAUGCCAUUCCAUUCGCUCCGUUCCAGCCAUUAUUAUGAGCCAUCCUCCCUCAGCAGCCUCCACUGUUCCCAACACAGUGCACUACUUUAAAAGUAAUGCACGAUAUAGGGAAUAGGAUGCCAUUUGGGACCUAGCUACUGUGCAGUGUAAGGUCUGGUUGAUGCUCAUAUAGUGUUGCUUCAUAAUGGCUGAUAGUGGGGGUGUUUUUCACAUGCUUUAUUUGUAUUUACAGUAAAAGGCCAUGAAAUAUUGAAGAUGAAAAUUACUUUGAUUAUAUCGUACCCAGGGAAACUGCAUUACCAAUUUAGCAAACCAUUAUGGAAGAUGGCCUUGGGAGCACGAUUGUCCUGAUCUGGGUCUCUGUCAUUUGUUUCCUGUAAACCAGUUUUUUGUGAAUCAUGAGGAUUAGAUAAUCCCCUAUGCCAAGGGUUACUCCGUUAGGAAGUUUUCCAGGCUCUGUGAGUGUGUGGGUGAUUGUGCAUGACAAAUAGGAAUCUGCCUCUUUUUAUGAGUCAGAACAGAGUGCUGCUGAGUGAACAACCACUUGCUAUUGGCAGAGAGGGAUGUAUGCACAGUAUGUGGCAGUUGAACUGAGAGGGGUAUUUAUUAUGUGUUUGAUAAAUGUAUGGAACUCUGCUACCAUAUCUACUGUAUACCGGUAUCCAUUCCUUCCAUUUGAUGGGCAAAAUACUUGGCUAUGGUAAAUGUCGUCUGUACAUAGUUCAAGCCAUGGUGGGUACUGGUAGUUGUAUUGAAUUUCCAUUGAGUCUCUUUUUAUCAAGAGUCAUCACACUCAGAAAUACUGUAUCACACACUUAACCAUAUGGAGUUGGCAUUAUGUUUCCCUUAUAUAUAGGAUGGAUACCACAGUUAGUGCACAUCUAUCACAACACCCAUAUAGGACUGCUGCCUAUUGAAAUCACUGGCCACUGGAACAGUAGUCACUUUAAUAAUGUUUACAUAUCUUGCACUACUCAUCUCAUAUGUAUAUAGUGUACUCUAUUCUAUAAUAUUCUACUGUAUCUUAGUCCAUGCCACUCUGUCAUUGCUUGUCCAUAUAUGUAUAUAUUCUUAAAUUCCAUUCCUUACUGUGUGUAUAGGGUAUAUGUUGUGAAAUUGUUAGAUAUUACUUGUUAGAUAUUACUGCACUGUCGGAGCUAGAAGCACAAGCAUUUUGCUACACCCGCAAUAACAUCUGCUAAACAUGUGUAUGUGACAAAUAAAAUGUGAUUUGAUUUGAUAAGCAUUGAAUCACCACUGUAAUGACAAGAUAGUAGUCAUACAUUUUCUCUUUGUGGUGGAAAUCCAGCAAAAAAAAACAUGGUUGUGAUUUCCUCAAUGGUGAAUGAGAGGGAGAGUCAGGUUACCAGUGAACAGGUGCUGCUUGCCUUGCACCCCUCUGAUGUGGGGGAAGGGUGAUGCAAUUACUAAAUCGUGGCCCUUUUUGUUGAUACAUAAAUCACACAUUGUCUCCAGGUAACUUGACUCAACUGCAUGCACACAGUGUUAGCUGCCCCAAUGCACACAUCAUGUCAUCAACUUUACUUUGUCCUCUAAUGGUAGGGUUGGAGUGGGGAAAUAUGACCCUAGAUAGGUCAGCUAGCUAGGCUACUUUAGGGGCAACCCCUGCUACUAGAGAUGAAAAAUCAUACUUGUGUCGUGUGAACAAAUUGUGUGCAGAGAAGUACGAUAACAAUAUUGGUAAUUCAGUCAAAUACACACGCAUAUACACACACACAACCACAUAAAUUACAUAAAUACUAAAUAAAACUGACCUUUGAAUAUGAAAAAGAAAAUGAAAGAAGAUCGAUUAUAAUAUAUGCAAUAACAGCUAUGUUCAAAGUGAUACAGUAGCCUAUAACAUGCAGUACUGCAUAAAUGAUUAUUACAUUAGUAGCUCACAGUAGAUAUUUUGCAACAUUGUCAACAACAAAAAACAUUAUACAUAUCGACUUCUGGGUCAGCCUCUGAAGUUUUACAACGUUACAUUGUGGCCUUUGAUGUCACGUGUUACAAUAAUUGCUGGGGCAUCGCAAAAUUAAUCACAAUAACUUGAAACAGUUGAAGUAGUAUAAUGUUUUAAAGAAACACUCGAGGUGUGGCGACAUUAAUGUUUUGUGAGUGUGUGGCACCGCCUGCUACAGUUUUUCUAACGCCUGCCUGCUUCACAAUUUUCCUGUGAGGGGUAUAGUUGCUUCAACUGUGGGCCGGUUGUUCCUGCGUGUCAGCCAUAUUGGAAUGCUCGGCUCAGGAUGGGGACUAUACAGAACUAGACGAGCCUGGAGUGGUGGACAGAGAAAGGAGAGCGCUAAGCAACUUCAGUUUUUUACGGAUUUAAAACAUAUAAACGAGGAAUUGAACCGGUAAACUAAAGUGAAUUGAUCCAACACGCGAACUGGAAAGGCUAAAGUGGGUACAUUCAUGUUUAUUAUAUUAUAUUUUGUUGUAAAAUGUAGGCGGCGUCCUGUCGAAGCCUGUGUGAAUGGAGGAUUUGCAGUGCUGACACAUUUACGUUUUCUUCCCAUAAAAUUAUGUCAUUUUCCAUAUCAGUUAAUAUUCUGUUGAAGAUGGCUAGUAGGCUAUUGUAAUGCUCAAUCAUUGUGUUGUCGCUCAAUUGAUACUUCAUCGCUAUAAUGUGCCACACGUAGCCAAUUCAAGCUAAAAAAUAAAAAGAUAUAUAUGCAAGUUGUCAUUGAUUAAAUCUUCAGGAAAGUGCUGUACAUUUUAAUGGUUAACAAUGAGUCGAUAUCUCCAGAAAUGAUUAGAGGAUUCGUACAUUCCUGUAGCCUAUGUCUAUUUUGUAUUAGCCUAUUCAAUUAUUCGUUCGUUUGUGUAGUCUACCUAGACUACCUUUCUGAGAGAUGUAUGUGGUACUAUAGGUAGCCUAGCCUAUGGGUGUUUCCUGAAUAUUUGUGAUUCGCUACAGUUACACCCAUGUGAAGCCUACGGCUCCCAUUAUAUUUGAAUAUUGCCGUGGUAUUCUUGUUGUUACUGUUUACUACUUACUGUAUGCUUCACGUAUCCCGAGGCCCUGUAAAUUACAGUGCAGUGAAGGCCUGUAUUUUUAGGAGCAGUGAGUGACUCCUGAGGGUAAAGAUAGUGUAAACCACCAGUCAUAUUUUGUCCUUGGUAGGCAACUUUUAGUUUAUUUAACCGAAAUCCAAGGGACUCGUGAAUGUGAUAGGAUAGUCUGACGUUUAUGUUAUGAAUUAUGAAAUAUAUAUAUAUAUAUAUAUAUAUACACACACACACUCUACCAGUCAAAAGUUUGGACACACCUACUCAUCAAGGGUUUCUUUAUUUUUACUAUUUUUUACAUUGUAGAAUAAUAGUGAAGAAAUCAAAACUAUGAAAUAACACAUAUGGAAUCAUGUAGUUACCAAAAAAGUGUUAAACAAAGCAAAAUAUAUUUGAGAUUCUUCAAAUAGCCACCCUUUGCCUUGAUGACAGCUUUGCAUACUCUUGGCAUUCUCUCAACCAGCUUCACCUGGAAUGCUUUUCCAACAGUCUUGAAGGAGUUCCCACAUAUGCUGAACACUUGUUGGCUGCUUUUCCUUCACUCUGCGGUCCAACUCAUCCCAAACCAUCUCAAUUUGGUUGAGGUCGGGGGAUUGUGGAGGCCAGGUCAUCUGAUGCAGCACUCCAUCACUCUCCUUAUUGGUAAAAUAGCCCUUACACAGCCUGUAGUUGUGUUGGGUCAUUGUCCUGUUGAAAAACAAAUGAUAGUCCCACUAAGCCCAAACCAGAUGGGAUGGCGUAUCGCUGCAGAAUGCUGUGGUAGCCAUGCUGGUUAAGUGUGCCUUGAAUUCUAAAUAAAUCACAGACAGUGUCACCAGUAAAGCACCCCCACACCAUAACACCACCUCCUUCAUGCUUUACAGUGGGAAAUACACAUGCAGAGAUCAUCCAUUCACCCACACUGCGUCUCUCAAAGACAUGGCGGUUGGAAUCAAAAAUUCUAAUUUGGACUCCAGACCAAAGGACACAUUUCCACCAGUCUAAUGUCCAUAGCUCGUGUUUCUUGGCCCAAGCAAGUCUCUUCUUAUUAUUGGUGUCCUUUUAGUAGUGGUUUCUUUGCAGCAAUUCAACCAUGGCCUGAUGUUCAGAUGUGUCUGUUACUUGAACUCUGUGAAUCAUUUAUUUGGACUGCAAUUUCUGACCCUUGGAACUCUAAUGAACUUAUCCUCGGCAGCAGAGGUAACUGGGUCUUCCAUUCCUGUGAUGGUCCUCAUGAGAGCCAGUUUCAUCAUAGCGCUUGAUGGUUUUUGUGACUGCACUUGAAGAAACUUUAAAAGUUCUUAAUGUUCCAUAUUGACUGACCUUCAUGUCUUAAAGUAAUGAUGGACUGUCGUUUCUCUUUGCUUAUUUGAGCUGUUCUUGCCAUAAUAUGGCUAUCUUCUGUAUACCCCCCUACCUUGUCACAAAACAACUGAUUGGCUCAAACGCAUUAAGAAGGCACACCUGUUAAUUGAAAUGCAUUCCAGGUGACUGGAAAUGUCAAGAACUUUGAAAGUUUCUUAAAGUGCAGUCGCAAAAACCAUCAAGUGCUAUGAUGAAACUGGCUCUCAUGAGGACCGCCACAGGAAAGGAAGACCCAGAGUUACCUCUGCUGUAGAGGAUAAGUUCAUUAGUUACCAGCCUCAGAAAUUGCAGCUCAAAUAAAUGUUUCACAGAGUUCAACUAACAGACACAUGUCAACGUCAACUGUUCAGAGGAGACUCCGUGAAUCAGGCCUUCAUGGUUGAAUUUCUGCAAAGAAACCACUACUAAAGGACACCAAUAAGAAGAAGAGACCGGUGAAAAUCUGUCCUUUGGUCUGAUGAGUCCAAAUUUGAGAUUUUUGGUUCUAACCGCCGUGUCUCUGUGAGACGCAGAGUAGGUGAACGGAUGAUCUCUGCAUGUGUGGUUGCCACCGAGAAGCAUGGAGGAGGAGGUGUGAUGGUGUGGGGGUGCUUUGCUGGUAACACUGUCUGAUUUAUUUAGAAUUCAAGGCACACUUAACCAGCAUGGCUACCACAGCAUUCUGCAGCGAUACGCCAUCCCAUCUGGUUUGGGCUUAGUGGGACUAUCAUUUGUUUUUCAACAGGACAAUGACCCAACACACCUCCAGGCUGUGUAAGGGCCGUUUGACCAAAAAGGAGAGUGAUGGAGUGCUGCAUCAGAUGACCUGGACUCCACAAUCCCCUGACCUCAACCCAAUUCAGAUGGUUUGGGGUGAGUCAACAAGUGCUAAGCAUAUGUGGGAACUCCUUCAAGACUGUUGGAAAAGCAUUCCAGGUGAAGCUGGUUGAGAGAAUGCCAAGAGUGUGCAAAGCUGUCAUCAAGGCAAAAGAUGGCUACUUUGAAGAAUCUCAAAUAUAAAAUAUAUUUUGAUUUGUUUAACACUUUUUUGGUAACUACAUAUGUUAUUUCAUAGUUUUGAUAUCUUCACUAUUAUUCUACAAUGUAGAAAAUAGUAAAAAUUAAGAAAAACCCUUGAAUGAUUAGGUGUCCAAACUAUAUAUAUAUAUAUAUAUAUGAAUGAUCUGGAAUUUUUAAAACAAAAAGAGGUGAAAUCGGUUUUUGAUAUGCCAUAUGACCUUGGUCCGCCAUAAUAUUGUGUUCGUGUUUACUAUCCCAAUGUUUUUCAGGGAUGUUCCAUACAUCUACUUGUCUGCUUGAGACUCACAAUAAACUUCUGUAAAGAGUGAUGGGUGGGACAGUAUUGCACUCAUGGCCAGUAAUUCAUCAAGUGUCUCAGAAUAGGAGUGCUGAUCUAGGAUCAGGUUUACCUUGGCCAUAAUAGUUUGAAUUAUUAUGAUUUAAAAGGCAAUACUGAUUCUAGAUCAAAACUCCUACUCUGAGACACUUGAGAAAUACAGGCCCAGAUCCCCCACUUUUGAAAGUACACUUUCAGAGCCAGGAGAGCAGAUGUGUAGACGGAUACAGACUUCAUGAUGACACACAAACAAACACUUGUACAGUUUGAAAUCUAAUGGGCUGGCAGUAAUAAGGGGGAUGAAAGGAAAAAUACAGGCUUUGAUUUGACUCAUACAUUGCUUGAUGAAUUAAUUGCAAGACUCCCAGGGGCCACUCAGUGGGUGUCUGUGAGUACGUGCGUGGAUGCAUGCUUGUGUCUGUCUGCGUGCAUGUGCACACGUGUGACAUUGUCCACUGAGUAGGCCUAACCUUGCUCAUCAUAUCCACCUCAGGCAAGUUGUGAUCCCACACGGACAUAGGCUCCUGAGGGGCGCAGCGGUCUAAGGCACUGCAUCUCAGUGCUAGAGGUGUCACUACAGACCCUGGUUCGAUACCAGGCUGUAUCACAAUCCGGUCGUGAUUGGGAGUCCCAUAGGGCGCCGCACAAUUGGCCCAGCGUCGUCCGGGUUUGGCCGGGGUAGGCCGUCAUUGCAAAUAAGAAUUUGUUCUUAACUGACUUGCCUAGUUAAAUAAAAAAAAAAAAUAUUCCACAUCCUCCUCCUUAUUCUGCCUACUGUUGUUUUAGCUGCAGAGGAAGAGGAGCUGUGUCUAAAGCAGCAGCUGUGACAGGAAGGACAAAUUAACAAUGUUCUCCAGUUGUGCUGCUGCAUUCUGCUUUAGAUUGGCCUUCCAGGAUGCAGCCUAGCCUGGCUGCCUCACACACGCACAACGUCCCUCAGGAUUCUGGGGGGAAAACGCCUUUUUCCCCUCUACUCAGCAGCAGCAGUUUCAUAUUGUGUGUGUGUGUGUGUGUGUGUGUGUGUGAGAGAGAUUGAGAAGAAAGAGGAGUUGCUGUGUUGCAGCUGUGGGGAUUAUGUGAAUUGUUUUGUUGCUUUUUGACCUGAUGAGCUGCAGUGAUAAAUGACAUGUUUCACAAACAAAGGUAUUAUGGUAGGUCUGCUCUGCUGCUGGCAUUUAUAAUGGACACGUUGGAGUUCUAGCCUCAGAUCCCUAAACCAUAAUUACAAAACGAAGAUGGAGUGUGUGUGUGUGUCCAUUUUGAACACUUUGUUGUUUCAUUAUUCUCUCCAUUUCUUUGGCCGUAAAUUUAACAUUUUAGUCAUUUAGCAGACGCUCUUAUCCAGAGCAACUUACAGUUAGUGAGUGCAUACAUUUUCAUACUGGCCCCCCGUGGGAAACGAACCCACAACCCUGGCAUUGCAAGCGCCAUGCUCUACCAACUGAGCUACAGGGGACUAACAGAUUAACAUCAAGUUUAUUGCUUCCACUCGGUCGGCAGCAUGGUUUCACAACCAGCAUCAUGUUGCAGUUCACUCCGAGUUUAAUUGACUCCAGUUUCCCUCUGAUUAUAGCUUGUGUUGUGUGUUUCAUAGAUGUGUUCAUUCAUAGCUCUUUGAACUCUCUCUGAGAAUUAAUGGAUGAGUUGAUUGAAAACAGUUGUUGUUUUCAGUCUGUAUGUAAAAUGCCUGCGUGUGUGAUCAUCCUCUAUUAUAACUAUAUUAUAUAUUUAAGCAGUAAGGCCUGAGGGGGUGUGGUAUAUGGCCAAUAUACCACGGCUACGGGCUGUUCUGAAGCCAUAUACCUCAAACCCCAGAGGUGCCUUAUUGCUAUUAUAAACUGGUUACCAACGUAAUUAGAGCAGUAAAAAUAAAUGUUUUGUUAUACCUGUGGUAUACGGUCUGAUAUACCACGGCUGUCAGCCAAUCAGCAUUCAGGGCUCGACCCCUACACAGUUUAUAAUAUAUUAUAAAGUGUACAGCGAUAGCCUUAGCAGCAUAAUGUUGAAUGAAUAGUGCGGAGGAUGCUGGCUACUGAUUACCGUAUUGGCUGUCUGACUACGUGAGGCUGAAAAGGCCGGAAAGCCUUUAUUCUCUUUCUCUAUUCAGUCUCAAUUAGGAAAAUUGUGUUGUCUUACACUGUGGAAAAAAACAACCAUAUAUUGUGGGAAAAAAACCAGUGUGUAUAACCUGAGGUAUUAUCGAAUCAAAUCAACGUUUACUGGUCACGUACACAGAUUUGCAGAUGUUAUCACAGGUGCAGCAAAGUGCUAGUGUUUCUAGCUCCAACAGUGCAGUAAUAGCUACCAAUAAAAAAAUACAUUCUUGCGAAUGUAUUGAAAAUGAAAUGUAUAAAUAAGUAUUCACACCCCUAAAUCAAUACAUGAUAAAAUCACCUUUUGGCAAUGAUUACAGCUGUGUUUCUUACUGGGUAUGUUUCUAAGAGCUUUGCACAUCUGGAUUGUACAAUAUUUGCACAUUGUUCUUUUAAAAAUUCUUCAAGGUCUGUCAAGUGGCUAGUUGAUCCUUACUAGACAUUUUCAAGUCUUUCCAUAGCUUUUAAGUAGAUUUAAGUCAAAACUGUAACUUGGCCACUCAGAAACAUUCACACGCUUCUUGGUAAGCAACUCCAGUGUAGAUUUGGCCUUGUGUUUGAGGUUAUUGUCCUGCUAAAAGGUGAGUUUGUCUCCCAGUGUCUGUUGGAAAGCAGACUGAACCAGUUUUUCCUCUAGAAUUUUUCCUGUGCUUAGCUCCAUUCUGUUAAUAUUUAUUUUCCUGAAUAACUCCCCAGUCCUUAAUUACAAGCAUACCCAUAACAUAAUGCGGGUCCCACUAUGUCACGGAUCCCCCCGGUACUGCUGCUCAUUCCGUUCACCAGCUCCGGAGGUCUACGUCACCGGCCUUCUAGGUGUCACUGACCUGGAUCAUUACCACCAACCCCGGACUGUCUUGUCUCAUUACGCACACCUGGUUCCCAUUCCCCUUGAUUAGUAUGUGUAUAUAUGUGCCUUUGUUCUCCAUUGUGCACUUGUUAUUACGGGUCUCGUCCCGUGUAUUUAUUUAGAGGUUUACACCUCUCUUUUGUUUGGGUUACAUCCCUGUGUUAUAUAUAUAUACGUGUUUGUUUUGUGCUUCGUCCCCAUCGUUUUUCAUGACAUACCUUAUGUUGGGUAGAGAAAUAAAAAACCCUAUUACGUAUUCCUGCGCCUGUCUUCUAUCAUUAUACAACGUGACACUUGAAAAUAUAGAGAGUGGUACUCAGUAAUGUGUUGUAUUGGAUUUGUCCCAAACAUAACACGUUGUAUUCAGGACAAAAAGUUAAUUUCUUUGCCAUUUCUUUGCAAUAUUAGUUGAGUGCCUUGUUGAAAAUAGGUUGCAUGUUUUGGAAUAGUUGUAUUCUGUACAGGCUUCCUUCUUUUCACUCUGUCAAUUAGGUUAGUAUUGUGGAGUAACUACAAUAUUGUUGAUCCAUCCUGAGUUUCCUCCUAUCACAGCCGUUAAACUCUGUAACUGUUUUAAAGUCACCAUUGGCCUCGUGAAAUCUGAGCGGUUUCCUUCCUCUCCGGCAACUGAGUUAGGAAGGACGCCUGUAUCUUUGUAGCGACUGUGUGUAUUGAUACACCAUCCAAAGUGUCAUUAAUAACUUCACCAUGCUCAAAGGGAUAUUCAAUGUCUUCUUUUUAUUUAUUUAUACCCAUCUACCAAUAGGUGCCCUUCUUUGCGAGGCAUUGGAAAACCUCCCUUGUCUUUGUGUUUGAAUCUGUGAAUGCACUGCUUGACUGAGGGACCUUAAAGAUAAUUAUUUUUGUGGUGUACAGAGAUAGUUGUUCAAAAAUCAUGUUUAACACUAUUAUUGCAACAUAUUGUGACUUGUUAAGCAAAUUUGUACUCCUGAACUUAUUUAGGCUUGCCAUAACAAAGGGGUUGAAUACUUAUUGACUAAAGACAUUUCAGCUUUUACAUUUUUAUUUAUUUGUAAAAAUAAAAAAACAUAAUUCCACUUUGACAUUAUGGGGUAUUGUCAAUUUAAUCCAUUUUAAAUUCAGGCUGUAACACAACAAAAUGUAGAAAAAGUCAAGGAGUGUGAAUACUUUCUGAUGGCACUGUUCUGUAGUUGUGUGUGUGUGUAUAUGCUUUUGUGUUUGAGUGUGGUGAGGACUGUAUAAAUGCCAAAGGCUCUAUUGCAGCAGAAGUCUGGGUUUACUACAGACCUGUGAAUUAAUACCCUUCGGAAAGUAUUCAGACCCCUUGACUUUUUCCACAGUUUGUUAUGUUACAGCCUUAUUCUAAAAUUGAUUAGAUUUUUACAAAAAAAAAAAAAUAAAUCCUCAUCAAUCUACACACAAUACCCAAUAAUGACAAAGUGAAAACAGGUUUUAUAACCUUUUGCAAAUGUAUAAAAAAAUAAAAAAAUAAAAAAUACCUUAUUUACAUAAGUAUUCAGACUCGAAAUUGAGCUCAGGUGCAUCCUGUUUUCAUUGAUCAUCCUUGAGAUGUUUCUACAACUUGAUUGGAGUCCACCUGUGGUAAAUUCAAUUGAUUGGACCUGAUUUGGAAAGGAAAACACCUGUCUAUAUAAGGUCCCACAGUUGACGGUGCAUGUCAGAGCAAAAACCAAGCCAUGAGGUCGAAGGAAUUGUCCAUAGAGCUCCGAGACAGGAUUGUGUUGCGGCACAGAUUUGGGGAAGGGUACCAAAAAAUGUCUGCAGCAUUGAAGGUCCCCAAGAACACAGUGGCCUCAAUCAUUCUCAAAUGGAAGUUUGGAACCACCAAGACUCUUCCUAGAGCUGGCCGCCCGGCCAAACUGAGCAAUCGGGGGAGAAGCGCCUAGGUCAGGGAGGUGACCAAGAACCCGAUGGUCACUCUGACAGAGCUCCAGAGUUCCUCUGUGGAGAUAGGAAAAUAUAGGGCUCUGGUCAAAAGUAGGGCUCUUUGUAGGGAAUAUGGUGCCAAUUGGGAUGUAGCCCUGGUCUUCUGCAGAGUCUGGGAGAUUAGGUGUUGUUGACCUUUAGUUUAAAUCCAUUCAUAAUGCAUUUAACAUAAACAGUCAUGCUACUAAUAUGAUACGUCCGUAAGUCAAAGCAUCACCUUUCACUGGUGGUGAGGACAACUUACAGUAGUUAGAAAUAUGUUUGAUUUAUGUUUGUAGUCCUGUGGUGUGCUUUAAGCAUUGUGGGGAAAUUGCUACGCCUCUUUCCAUUCAAAUCAUUCUCUUAAUGUUUCUGAAAAAAAAAUGGUUCCAGAUGUCCAUGAUCUGAAUGUCCCUGGGCAUGGUGUUGUGCUUAUUGGUUUAGAUUAAUACAGUACACUUAAUCCUGGUACACAUUUAAUCAACCUCAAUGAACACAAACAAAUCUAACAACUUCCAGGUCUUUUUCCAUGAGUGGGUUCUUUGUAAGGGGCUAAAAUGGCAGAGGAAGUAGAUGGGGGAGCUGAAGUCAACCCAAACUACUACACUACCCUACACCAAGCCUACUGUACACUAGCCUCCACUACCCUCCACUAGCCUACCCUACACUACCCUGACUAUGUUUCGCCUCAAGCUAAAGGUCCCAGUGUUCUUUCUGUCUGUGUCCUAAAUGGAACCCUAUAUAGUACACUACUUUCAGCACUACUAUAUGUUCGUUUCCCAUUGCAAAUAAUUUAGCUACGGUGUGCCCUGGCCUAGUGAACACUCACCCGGCCCGGCCUGCUGUGGCCUUAGCAGGCAGGAUGAAGGACAGGAAGAGGAAAACAAACAAAGCCAGGUCUGUCUGCCAGCCAUUAUCUUCCAUCCGGGAGAUUAAGAUCUAAGCAGAGCACCUCAGGGACCACAGUGUAGCCUGGGUAACUGGUGAGAGAUAUUCCCACUACCCCCACUACCAUUUCUCUUUACAUGUUUAGCCAUCCCAUAAAGUACCAGUUAAGAGUUUGGACACACCUACUCAUUCAAGGGCUUUUCUUUAUUUUUUACUAUUUUCUACAUUGUAGAAUAAUAGUGAAGACAUCAAAACUAUGAAAUAACACAUAUGGCAUAAUGUAGUAACCAAAAAAGUGUUAAACAAAUCAAAAUAUAUUUUAUAUUUGAGAUUCUUCAAAGUAGCCAUCAUUUGCCUUGAUGACAGCUUUGCACACUCAUGGCAUUCUCUCAACCAGCUUCACCUUGAAUGCUUUUCUAACAGUCUUGAAGGAGUCCCCACAUAUGCUGAGCACUUGUUGGCUGCUUUUCCUUCACUCUGCGGUCCAACUCAUCCCAAACCAUCUCAAUUGGGUUGAGGUCGGGUGAUUGUGGAGGCCAGGUCAUCUGAUGCAGCACUCCAUCACUCUCCUUAUUGGUCAAAUGGCCCUUACACAGCCUGGAGGUGUGUUGGGUCAUUGUCCUGUUGAAAAACAAAUGAUAGUCCCACUAAGCGCAAACCAGAUGGGAUGGUGUAUCGCUGCAGAAUGCUGUGGUAGCCAUGCUGGUUAAGUGUGCCUUGAAUUCUAAAUACAUCACCAACCUUGUCGCCAGCAAAGCACCCCCACACCAUCACACCUCCUCCUCAAUGCUUCACGGUGGGAACCACACAUGCAGAGAUCAUCCAUUCACCUACUCUGCGUCUCACAAAGACACGGCGGUUGGAAUCAAAAAUCUUAAAUUUCCACCAGUCUAAUGUCCAUUGCUCGUGUUUCUUGGCCCAAGCAGGUCUCUUCUUCUUAUUGGUGUCCUUUAGUAGUGGUUUCUUUGCAGCAAUUUGACCAUGAAGGCCUGAUUUCACAUAGUCCCCUCUGAACAGUUGAUGUUGAGAUUUGUCUGUUACAUGAACUCUGUGAAGCAUUUAUUUUGGCUGCAAUCUGAGGUGCAGUUAACUCUAAUGAACGUAUCCUCUUCAGCAGAAGUAAGAGCCAGUUUCAUCAUAGCGCUUGAUGUUUUUUGUGACUGCAAUUUUCCAGAUUGACUGACCAUCAUGUCUUCAUAGUAAUGAUGGACUGCUUAUUUGAGCUGUUCUUGCUGUAAUAUGGACUUGGUCUUUUACCAAAUAGGGCUAUCUUCUGUAUACCACCCCUACCUUGUCACAACACAACUGAUUGGCUCAAACGCAUUAAGAAGGAAAUAAAUUCCACAAAUUAACUUUUAAGAAGGCACACCUGUUAAUUGAAAUACAUUCCAGGUGACUACUUCAUGAAGCUGUUUGAGAGAAUGCCAAGAGUGUGCAAAGCUGGGCAAAGGGUGGCUACUUUGAAGAAUCUCAAAUAUAAAAUAUAUUUUGAUUUGUUUAACACUUUUAUUGGUUACUACAUUAUUUAAUCUGUGUUAUUUCAUAGUUUUGAUACCUUCACUAUUAUUCUAAUGUAGAAAAUAGUAAAAAUAAAGAAAAACCCUUGAAUGAGUAGGUGUGUCCAAACUUUUGACUGGUACUGUAUGCAGCACAUACCCUGUAAGUCAACUCCCUCUAAAGGUAAAUAGAAGACAAUGUGACUGCCUACUGUAUAUCUGUUUUCUUACAUGGAAGAGGGCAGGUUACAGCAGGCGCAAUGAAGGAAAGCUUCUAAUAGUAUAUAGGCACAUCUGUUUUUUACAUGGAAGACCAUUGCAAAGUGAUUUCCGGCUGUAAUAGGAAGACAAUAGCCAUUGCUUAGCCUAGUUGGGGACAGGGUUGUGUACUGUUGGCUCACCUGCAGUCAGGAUAUAGGCUAUUUGGGACAGUGAGAGACCAUAGAGGAAGGCUCAGGUGGUCUGUCAGACACUUGAGACCUGUACUGUAUAUGUCCAGACUCUAUCUUUAGCGAGCUGCCUGGCUUCUCAGAACUUCUCACACCGUGCGUUCCACUAGAAGGCAAGAACCACCCAGCCUCACUGUCAUGCUGUCUGUCUGGAUCAGGGGUGAGUCUCACUGUCAUGCUGUCUGUCUGGAUCAGGGGUGAGUCUCACUGUCAUGCUGUCUGUCUGGAUCGGGUGAGUCUCACUGUCAUGCUGUCUGUCUGGAUCAGGGGUGAGUCUCACUGUCAUGCUGUCUGUCUGGAUCGGGUGAGUCUCACUGUCAUGCUGUCUGUCUGGAUCAGGGGUGAGUCUCACUGUCAUGCUGUCUGUCUGGAUCAGGGGCGAGUCUCACUGUCAUGCUGUCUGUCUGGAUCAGGGGUGAGUCUCACUGUCAUGCUGUCUGUCUGGAUCAGGGGUGAGUGAGUGUCUUCCUGGGCCUCUAGGUUUAGAUACCUUGACCAGGCAGUUUUGAACAGCAAUGCAAGAUGGGAUAAACACACAUUGACUUUCUCUCUGCCCAACUAUUCCUCACUGACAUUUAUCCAGGCUGGUUGGAGAAGUAUGAGCAGAAUGUUGUGGUCGGCGAACACUGUAAUGCGUUAUGUCUUCAUUUUUUCAUGUUAUUUUCUAUUGGCAGUGGCACGGCAUUCCUGUAUUUUAAAUUGUACUGUAGUAUAUUGUCUCUUUUGACCAGUACUAAACAUAGUCACUCUCCCUUGCUCUCUCGCUCUAUCGCUCUCUCACUCAAUCUCCUUAUUCCACUCAUUCCACUGUGUACCAUCCAUCCAUCCAUCCCACACAAGACAAGAGUCAGACUCUUUUCCUGACGUUAUACUGAGUCGUGACAGAACAGGAAAAAAGGAAAGAAAGAAGCAAUUUUAAAAGAUUUGAUGGCACAGAUGUGUUUUUCUAAGGUGGAUUAAAGUAGUAUUUUUGUAGGCAGAGUUGAGUAGUCUGGAAAGCUGCAGCAUCAACUAGAAAUCCCUUUUGUUGCCUUGACGUAGUCACACAGAAAUAGAUCUUAAUGGUCACAUGUCAUUUUGAUUAUGAGGUAUAACAGUGAUCAGAGUUGAGAAUAUAUGCAUCAGAAUAUGUACUAUACUUACUAUACUCUAGUCUAGGUACUGGACAUUGUUAAAUGGAAACGUUAGCCUAGCUACAGUUAUGCUUAGUCACGAGAUUGAUCCUCUGCCUGUUUGUGAUGCUUUAGACAGCCUUUAAGUGUUAUUACUGUAUAAUUGUGUAACUGACGAUUAUGGAUGAAGUCCGUCAUGAAAAAAAAACAACUGUAAAAAUAAUAAUAAUAAUUUUGACCGAACAGCUGACUGAAGACUGUACAGCCAGGCAGUCGUGUAGUUGAGUCCGUUUCCGCGUUUACAUGGACUCUUUUCAACAAGAUGAAUCUUUGUUGCUCCUUGCUGAAACAAGCAAGGUGUUCUAGCAAACAAGUCUAGGCAACACUACCCUUCCUGCAGCAGCAGCACAUGCAGUUAGGAGAGGAGAAAAUAUGCAACAAUUAUAAUGGUGACUGCAGUCAUUUGGCUGACCAAUAACCAUCAUCCAAAAUUCCAUGACCAUCACAGCCUUAUAUGUGUGUCCCAAAUGGCUUCCUAUUCCCUAUACAUUGCACUACUUUUGACUAGGGCCCAUAUGGCUCUGGUCAAAAGUAGUGCACUUUAAAGGGAAUAGGGUGCCAUUUGCAGACCUGCCAACCUACACAAAUUUUGCGUACCAUGCACGCAAUUUGAGGUCAAAGUGUGCUGGUACAAAAAACUCGCCUAAAAUACGCAAAAAUAGGCUUCUAGUUGGCACAUUGUGGUUUUUGACUCGACUGUCUAAAGUUGGAACUGAGCCAAUCAGAGGACUUUGGCGAGGAGAAAAAAUCUCUAGCUUUCCGCUCCGUGCGGUCCCCUACAGUACUGUUUUCCUCCCUCAAACUGGAUGGCAGCGCUCCACUUUGUCCAUUAACACCACUGAUGUGUGAGGAAAAAGGCUAGGGAGAAUUGGAGAACGAACUGUUUUCCAAAUACAUUUUCCAAAAUUGUAUGUGUUAGUUAAGCACAACCACUAUUACGUAGUUGGCUCCUUAGCUAAGGCAUCAUUACGACGAAGGUUGUUAGCUACAUGCAGUGCUCAGUCAACUAAGCGAGAACACUUUCUUGCCUGUACAUGCUUUGAUUUCUGCAACGGUAGUAGGCGCGAACGCAUUGUGGAGCAAGGAAACAUGCAGUGUUGCGCUAAUACCGUCCUUCACGGGAAGUCAUGUUAGACUGUUUAAGAUUAGUAUGCAUGUUUUAAUUAAUCAGUUCUUGAUAUAACUGUAUGUCAACAGUAGGCUGCUAAUGAUGUGAUAGUUGUCAGUUAACCAAUGACAUCAAGGCAUGUUGAAUGAAUGGUAGCCUAGUAGUCAGACCUAACUUUAUGGAUUAGGUCAGGAUGGAGAUCUGAAACAAGCUCAUAUAGGCCUAGUUCAGUUGUUUCAUAUUCCAAAUAACCUGCAGUAAGCUAGACUACUACAUUGCAUCCAGUAAUUGAAUUAUUCAGAAUGUUCUCCCCAAACAAAAUUAAGAAGCCAGUUUACAUUUUCACUAAACUAUCCACAUAAAGACACCUAUUUAAUUAGAAUAAUCAUUACCCCUAAAUUUUACCUAGAAAAAUGUGAACGUGUCAUUGAGACCACCUCAGUUUUAUUUAGGAUCAAACACAAUACUUCUGUAUUGGCUACAUUGUUUGAUAUCAUUUAAGACUAGGUUUCAGAAAUGCUAAAUGCACCAACUUGAAGUUGACUGACCCCCCUCCGGACCUCCCCCCUACCCAACCUUAGCCCUACUUCAGCACCAUCUUGUCAUAAAAUCCUAGGGAGAGCCCUGGGAUGUAUUCAUUCCGCCGAUCUGUUGCAGAACGUUUCUUAAACAAAAGUAAACGAAACAAAAUGGAGAGGGACUUACCUGAAUUUGUCGAACUGUUUGGACAAAUUAUUACUCCCCCGAUUGUACAUUUUAAUCGUAUUUCUAGUUAGUUACUGAAGAGCAGCCAAUUACCAAGUAUCCAUAAGUCUAUAGCCUACCAUUCCUACUGAGGCAGUCUUCUGCCAACAGCAUUAUAAGGCUAAAAAAUAUAUAAAUUUGCCUAUGACUUAAGCAGUGUGGGUGUCACAAGUGCCGCCGCAGGGCUGAAGUGGGACUCUUCAAGGUUGGCAGAUCUGCAUUUGUGACGCAACCCUGAUAUUUAAAGGUCAAUAGAUAUUCAUGCUCGAGAGGCUGCCUGGCCUGCUUUACGUUUAUGACAACUCCUUCAUAUCUGUCACGCAUCAGCACUGUAGCUGAUUUGUAUGAUGUAAUAUGCCCUUAUAGCCCAGCGGCUCUAAAGGUUUGUUAUUCGGCAACAAAUCCUCUCCUGGUUAUAGGCCUAUGCGCAGUAGUUAGACGUGUUCACAAUCACACUUAAGUCCGUUUCACGGCGAGCCUGUUCCUAUUUCCUCUGCGUCUUCUCAGUUGAGCUGUAUAGACAUUUCAUUCUGUUGGCUAAGCAGUGAGCAGCUAGAGGCAGUGAAACUCGUACGGUGGCAUAGCGUACGGUACACGAUGCAAGGCUGCUGCCUGCCUGUGAAAUUCCAGCAGGUGUGAGAGAAGAUAAGGAAGCUAAGUGAGGCUCUGUCAUAUCUGCCCCCCUUUCCCUGUACUGUCACCACAGGCCCCAUUUAGCUCUCUCUCUCUUCUCUCCUCUCUCUCAAUCUCUCUUUCUCUUCUCUCUCUCUGUUUCUCUCUCAAUUCAAUUCAAAGCGCUUUAUUGGCAUGGGAAACAUAUGUUUACUUUGCCAAAGCGAGUGAAAUAGAUAAUAAACAGAAGUGAAAUAAACAAUAAAAUUAACAGUAAACAUUACACUCACAAAAGUUUCAAAGGAAUAGAGACAUUUCAUAUGUCAUAUUAUGGCUAUGUACAGUGUUGUAACAAUGUGCAAAUAGUUAAAGUACAAAAGGGAAAAUUAAAAAUUAAGAUGGGUUGUAUUUACAAUGGUGUAUUCUUCACUGGUUGCCCAUUUCUUGUGGCAACAGGUCACACAUCUUGCUGCUGUGAUGGAACACUGUUUUAUUUCACCUAAUAGAUAUGGGAGUUUAUCAAAAUUUGGAUUUGUUUUCAAAUUCUUUGUGGGUCUGUGUAAUCUGAGUAAAAUACAGUAUGUGUCUCUAAUAUGGUCAUACAUAUGGCAGGAGGUUAGGAAGUGCAGCUCAGUUUCCACCUCAUUUUGUGGGCAGUGUGCACAUAGCCUGUCUUCUCUUGAAAGCCAGGUCUGCCUAUGGCAGCCGCUCACUGAGUCUACAUAGUCAAAAGCUUUCCUUAAUUUCUUUAAUUUUGGGUCAGUCAUAGUGGUCAGGUAUUCUGCCAUUGUGAACUCUCUGUUUAGGGCCAAAUAGCAUUCCAGUUUGCUCCGUUUUUUGGUAAAUUCUUUCCAAUGUGUCAAGUAAUUAUCUUUUUGUUUCUCAUAAUUUGGUUGGGUCUAAUUGUGUUGCUGUCCUGGGGCUCUGUGGGGUCUGUUUGUGUUUUUGAACAAUGCCCCAGGACCAGCUUGCUUAGGGGACUCUUCUCUAGGUUAAUCUCUGUAGGUGAUGGCUUUGUUUGGAAGGUUUGGGAAUCACUUCCUUUUAGGUGGUUGUAGAAUUUAACAGCUAUUUUCAGGAUUUUGAUAAUUCGCGGGUAUCGUCCUAAUUCUGCUCUGCAUGCAUCAUUUGGUGUUUUACAUUGUACAUGGAGGAUGUUUUUGCAGAAUUUGGUGUUUGUCCCAUUUUGUGAAUUCUUGGUUGGUGAGCAGACCCCAGACCUCACAGCCAUAAAGGGCAAUGGUUCUAUAACUGAUUCAAGUAUUUUUAGCCAGAUCCUAGUUGGGAUGUCGAAAUUGAUGUUCCUUUUGAUGGUGUAGAAGGUCCUUCUUGCCUUGUCUCUCAGAUCGUUCACAGCUUUGUGGAAGUUACAUGUUGUGCUGAUGUUUAGGCCGAGGUAUGUAUAGUUUUUUGUGUGCUCUAGGGCAACAGUGUCUAGAUAUAAUUUGUAUUUGUGGUCCUGGCAAAUUGACCUUUUUUGGAAUACCAUUAUUUUUGUCUUACUGAGAUUUACUGUCAGGGCCCAGGUUUGACAGAAUAUGUGCAGAAGAUCUAGGUGCUGCUGUAGGCCCUCCUUGUUUGGAGACAGAAGCACCAGAUCAUCAGCAAACAGUAGACAUUUGAUUUCAGAUUCUAUUAGGGUGAGGCCGGGUGCUGCAGACUAGUGCCCUCACCAAUUUGUUGAUAUAUAUGUUGAAGAGGGUGGGGUGGCUGCAUCCCUGUCUCACCCCACGGCCAUGUGUAAAGAAAUGUGUGUUUUGCCAAUUUUAACCGCACACUUGUUGUUUGUGUACAUGGAUUUUAUAAUGUUGUAUGUUUUUUCUCUCUCUAUCUCUCUCUCUGUUUCUCUCCAUCUUUCUCUCCUCUCUCCUCUUUCCAUCUUUCUCUCUUUCUUCUCUCUCCAUCUUUCUCUGUCCUCUUCUCUCUCUCCAUCUUUGUCUCUCUCUCACGCACACUCACACACACACCCCCAGAGUCAGACUCCCCCAGCUAAUAUCUAUAAUCCUCUUAUCAGGAAAUAAUGGCUUGAAGAGAGCACCUUUAAGCUAGCCAAUAACAUUGACUUAGUUGUGUAGGAUGAAUAAAUUGCUCUGAAAUGGUCUCAGUCGAUGGGUGAUUGGUGCUGGUCUUUCUGUGUCAUGUUGUGUUAGCUUGCUGAUGGAAUACUGAUGUGUAGCUUUCAGGGUUUGCUCAGCAUAUGUUCGACACUGUCUAUUUGGAAGUAACAGAUUUUUCAGUAGCACCUCAAGACCCCAAACAUUUCGAGUGACAAAUGUGUCUGGGUAUACCCGUAGAGGGGAUGUAUUGAGAAACCUGGUUGGAAACAGUGAGACACAUGAUACAAACAAAUAGUCAUGGAGACCUGGAAGUCUAUUUUUGGGUGUCUGGAGUUUCCUUGGCUGACGUUCUAUCAUAGGUGUGUUUUCUGUCUGUGCAAGCAGCUGUCUGGGGAAAAUACUGCAACAAAAGCAGGUAUCCACUACCACCCAUACCACCAAUGCUUUGAUUUGGCUUUCAUUUGUGAUGUCUGAGUGUGGGCCAUGCCUUAUAUUGCCUUGAAAUUAGGCUAGACCAAUUACCAGAUUGGUCCUGUGUUUGGUAAGACAUGUCAGUGUGUGUCUGUUCCUCUGACAGGACAUGUUCAGGUACAGUAGAGCUCAGAAUGUUUAUUAUUGUUUUAAUAAUUACAUGUUCUGUUGCUUUUGUUUUGUCAUUCAUGUUGCAUUAGCCUGUGAACUCCUCAUGAAAAUUCCAAAAUAGAACUGUUUGUAAUCGCCACCUUCUCCCACAGACAGCUGAUUCAACCAGUAGUAACAUGUGUUGUGACUGUAAAACCUGCUAGUAACCAUUGUUCUUUUUCUUUGUAGUCUCAGUGUAACAUGUCUGGAAUUUGAAACCAGUAUGUGUGGUUUGGCCUUGGUUUAGUUAUUCUCUAUUCUUCAUCCUCACCACUGUAUUUCACUCCAAUAGCAGUGUUUCCCCUAGGAUUCUUUUCAGCAGUGGUGGCAAGCGUGCUCUGCUACUAGCGUUAGCACAAUGACAUGUUAGCUGUUCCCGUAGACUUCCAGUCAUUGAGACAACAACUAUCCAUUUAAAAGCGCGUCUCGGCGGAAAUAAAUAAAACAAAUAUUUAAAUUAACAGGUGUGCCUUCUUAAUGCAUUUGAGCCAAUCAGUUGUGUUGUAACAAGGUGGGGGUGGUAUACAGAAGAUAGCCAUAUUUGGUAAAAGAACAAGUCCAUAUUAUGGCAAGAACAGCUCAAAUAAGCAAAGAGAAAAGACAGUCCAUCAUUACUUUAAGACAUGAAGGUCAGUCAAUCCGGAAAAUUUCAAGAGCUUUUAAAGUUCCUUCAAGUGCAGUCGCGAAAACCCUCAAGCGCUAUGAUGAAACUGGCUCUCAUGAGGACCACCAUAGGAAAGGAAGACCCAGAGUUACCUCUGCUGUAGAGGAUAAGUUAAUUAGAGUGUGGAGGCCAGGUCAUCUGAUGCAGCACUCCAUCACUCUCAUUCUUGGUCAAAUAACCCUUAUACAGCCUGGAGGUGUGUUGGGUCAUUGUCCUGUAGAAAAACAAAUUAUAGUCCCACUAAGCCCAAACCAGAUGGGAUGGUGUAUCGCUGCAGAAUGCUGUGGUAGCCAUGCUGGUUAAGUGUGCCUUGAAUUCUAAAUAAAUCACUGUCAGUGUCACCAGCAAAGCACCCCCACACCAUAACACCACCUCCUCCCUCCUCCAUGCUUUACGGUGGGAACUACACAUGCAGAGAUCAUCCGUUCACCUACUCUGCGUCUCACAAAGACACGGCGGUUGGAACCAAAAAUCUCAAAUUUGGAGUCCAGACCAAAUGACACAUUUCCACCGGUCUAAUGUCCAUUGCUUGCGUUUCUUGGCCCAAGCAGGUCUCUAUUUAUUAUUGGCGUCCUUUAGUAGUGGUUUCUUUGCAGCAAUUCGACCAUGAAUGCCUGAUUUACACAGUCCCCUCUGAACAGUUGAUGUUGAGAUGUGUCUGUUACUUGAACUCUGUGAAGCAUUUAUUUUGGCAGCAAUCUGAGGUGCAGUUAACUCUAAUGAACUUAUCCUCUGCAGCAGAGGUAACUGGGACUUCCAUUCCUGUGUUGUUCCUCAUGAGAGCCAGUUUCAUCAUAGCGCUUGAGGGUUUUUGCGAAUGCGCUUGAAGAAACAUUCAAAGUUCUUGAAGUUGUCCGUAUUGACUGACCUUCAUGUCUUAAAGUAAUGAUGGACUGUCGUUUCUUUCUGCUUUUUUGAGCUGUUCUUGCCAUAAUAUGGACUUGGUCUUUUACAAAAUAGGGCUAUCUUCUGUAUACCCCCCCUACCUUGUCACAACACAACUGAUUGGCUCAAACGCAUUAAGAAGGAAAGAAAUUCCACAAAUUAACUUUAAAGAAGGCACAACUGUUAAUUGAAAUGCAUUCCAGAUGACUACCUCAUGAAGCUGGUUGAGAGAAUGCCAAGCGUGUAUAAAGCUGUCAUCAAGGCAAAGGGUGGCUAUUUGAAGAAUCUCAAAUAUAAAAUAUAUUUUGCUUUGUUUAACACUUUUUUGGUUACUACAUGAUUCCAUAUGUGUUAUUUCAUAGUUUUGAUGUCUUCACUAUUAUUCUACAAUGUAAGAAAUAGUAAAAAUAAAGAAAAACCCUUGAAUGAGUACGUGUGUCCAAACUUUUGACUGGUAGUGUAUAUAUAUUGAACAAAAAUAUAAACGCAACAUGCAACAAUUUCAAAUAUUUUACUGAGUUACAGUUCAUAUAAGGAAAUCAGUCAAUUGAAAUAAAUAAAUGUGGCAUUAUUCUAUGGAUUUCACAUGACUAGGCAGGGGUGCUGCUACCGUAAAUGAAUAUAGGGGAAACACUGAAUAGAGUCUGUGCAGAAAGUGCACAAUGGGAGGAAAUGACCUCCAUAGUUAAUCAUGGUCCUGUGUGUACUCCGGGCUUUAUGGCUUCCUUCCAAAUGGCACUUUAUUCCAAACACAGUGCCCUAAAAAGCAGUUCACUUACACCAUGUAGGAAACAGGGUGCUAUUUGGGACGCAGGCUAUGACUGGGCUGUGGUUUCAGAGCCGGUUCAGCAGAUAGCCCCCCACCCUCUCCCCCAAGGCUGCUAUAAAUGGGUGACCUCAUCCUUAGCCACCCUCCUACACACACACAAGCACAGGCAGACACACGCGCGCACACACACACACACUCAUGUGUAUACUCUACCCUCACAAGGUCAGGACCUUGGGGUAUGCUGGCUAGGGCCUUCUACAAUGAUGGAUUGUGAGAGUUGGAUAGGGAGAGGUUGGGGGAUCCCCUGUGGAAUCUGUUGUCACUUCAGCAGCCGUGUAUGAUGAAGUAGAUAUUUAUGCAGUGGGGUUAGAAGGGUAUUUAUGAAAACUGGAUUAUGUUAAGAGCAAAUAUAGUGGUGGUCUGAAUAGGUCUGGGUAGAUAUAGGCCUAAACAAUCAGAUGAGGGUGAUGUUGCCUUUAGACACUGAUCUUGGGUCAGUUUAGCAUUUCCCCCACUGAUGGUUAAGGUUGGAUUGGGGGAGGAGAAGCUGAUCCUAGAUCUGUACCAAGGGAAUAUUUACCCGAUCUAUGAACAACACUGAGUAGUAACCUUCAAGCUAGGGUUGGUGGGUCUGUUGUGGCUCUCUUUAACCGAACACCGCAGAAUUCCCCCUCUAGGAGCCUGAUGGACACUGGUGCCAUCUGGCAUCCUAUUCUCCUUGGGGUCCUGGCCUGAAUUUAGUGCCCAGCGGGGCUGUGUGUGUUUGUGGCCUUAUUACUUACAUCCUUAGAUUUUAUUAUUAUUGCUUAUGACAGGUAUCACCUGCUCACCAGAGAGGCCGCAAGCAUAAUGGCCAUGGCCCAUCUAAGUUCCACACAUUUCCUUUAGUAGGCCUAUUGGUUUUAGAGAAGGCCGGCCCACUGUUGUGGACCCAUAUUGCCUGUAGACUGGCCUUAACGUAGGACCUACGGUUUAUAUUUCUGGCUCAUCCCUAGACUAUAAACACAUCAAAUAUUAUGUGACUCAGCUGAGCAAAGGUUACUGUGUGUGUGUGGGCUCGUGCGUAAGGUUGCUGUGUGUGCGUGUGUGUGUGUGUAUUUGUGUGUGAAAGGUUGCGCUGUGUUUGUGUAAUGCCGUCACUGACGGUGAUUACGCUGCAUUGAGUCACAGAGAUUAACUGAACAGAAACUAUAGCCUAGCUUGCACUCUGUGACCCCGUGUCUGUGUACUUGCUCCCUGAGUCCGAGAGAGAAAGAUAAAUGCGUCUGUCUUGUGGUUGCAUACCUCUCAACUGUGGGCUGAGUGUCUGUUUACUCUAAGACACACACCUGGGUUUUUUACUCUAUUUUCCUUUACAAUUCUGGGAUUAGCUAAAAUGACCUACAUUUUAAAGAUGUUAGGACUUUAAAAAGCUUGGUUAAGCUCAGUUAAAUGCUCAGCAGUUGGGAAAUGAAUGGAAAAAGUGGGGCCCUAUGCUCACAAUCCAUUCAUUAUAGAGUUACAACACAUGUACAGUAUUCUUGCCCACAUAACCAUAUGAACAACACCCACUUUUUAGUUAGCAAGCUUAACCCUCCUGGCUCCUGGCUCUAUCAAUGUUAUGGGAGUGGAGAGUGAGACUAGGUCCACCACGGCACUACCACAAACAGGGCUCUGUUCAUUUACGAGGGUAUUACUGGAAUUCCAUCCUAGUCAAGCAAGGAUGGGUUUAUUUAAUGCGUUCCUCUCUCUCCCAAUAACUAAAACAAAGGCGCUCAUUGGCGUCUGCUAGGCUAAUCAGAUGAUGUAAACUCUCGCUCUCUCAGAUCUAGAUAUCAGUUAACAUUUUUCUGGAACGGACCACCGAGUUCUCAGAGAAAGAGGAAAGAGGGAGUGAGGAGAUGAUUUAA